CGGCCCCGGACCGUCAGCUGCAGCUGCUUCGCGCUGGCGGGCAGCGCGCGGGAAGGAGGCGGCUGCCGCUGCGGCGCUGCUCCACUUCCACUUCCUCCUCGUGGAGGGGGGCCAUGAGCUCAGGUGAGCCUCCCGGCGAGGCAGGGAAGGGGGGGGGAAGGAAGGUGGGGUCUCACCCUUUUCCUGGGAUUGAGGGGGGCUCCCGGGGGGCGGCGCCGCGGAAGGGAGCAGGUGCGGGGCGCUGCUUGCAAGGUCGGCCCAGGAAGGGACAGCUGCUGCUGCUGCUGCUGACGGGGUCGGGGGGCUCAGCGGAGAGGGCCCCCCCAGUCGAGAAGGGGGGCACAUGGUGAGGCAGACACAGACGUGCCCCCCACCCCCGGAGCAGCCUGGGCUACCCCACGUCCUCCCACGUUCCCCGAAACUGCUGACUUUCCUCUUUCUUUCAUUUUCUUUCGCCUCAGUGAGCGAUUUUAUUUUUUGGAGGGGGAGGGGGAGAAAGGGAAAGUUUUUGAAGUUAGGCAAAGUGGGGCUUCCAGGGAGACAAGGACUGAACGGCGGGGUGGGGGGCCGAGUUGAUAAAGGAUGAAGGUUUAAAAAAUAAUCUAUAGUUUUUCUUUUUUGGGGGGAGGAGGUUUACAGUUGGGAGCAUAAAGAGCUGCUGGAUCAGGCCCAAGGGCCCCCCUCUAAUCUUGUGGUGGUUAUAUGCAUUUUGUGUUUUAUGCCCCACGUUGGGUAAAAGAUUCCUGCAUUGCUGGGGGUUGGACUAGAUGACGCCUGUGAUCUUUGGACCAACGGUGGUAUAUAAAUUUAAUAAAUAAUAAUUCAGUAAUUGUGUUCCCGCUGUGGCCAUUCAGAUGCCCCAGUGGCGAGUGGCAGGGCCUGAGCAUCACCUCCCCACCCUCACUUCGCAGCAGCUGUAAAGGCUGCUGCUUCUGAUUCCGGAGGUUAAUGCAGCUAUCCUGCCUAUUGUGAUUGCUGUCCUUCUCUAUGAGUUGCUUCAUCUGAGUACCAGAGUGGUCUGUCUUCUUUUUGGUUCUUUUUUUACAUCCUGUAAAACGCAGACUGGCAGCAACUGCUCCUUGUCCUUCUCUCUCUCACACACACAGGCUCCCAAAUCAGUCUUCUUUAAUGGGGAGGCCCCACCUGCCAUUCUGAAGGUAGAAGUGGAGACCACAGAGAGUCUUGCUGAGGCAAUGGCAAGUUGGAGUUUGGGGCUUUGGCCCCUCCAAUUCCCACCCGGAAGGGCCUCUGGGACAGUCUCUGCAGGAUAGACAUGAGAGAGACUGAUUUGUGGAAGGUUCUGGGCCAUCUUAUGCCUUGAGCGGGGUGGAAAGUGGGUCUUGUGACUGGGAUUGUAUAAGGCUGCAUAGCAGAGAAUGUCACGGACCAUCUUGGCUUGUGGGAGAAAGGAGAAAGAAAGUUGUUUGUGUUGGGCCCAGCUGUGUGUUACAAACUCUGUCCUGGAAAAGAAAAUGCGUUGAGCAAAUGCCGUUGCCAAAACUGGAUGUCUAGUUGCCAUUUUUGACCAAGACGGCUCUAAAGUCUUGUUUUUCAAAUGAUGGGCUGACUGUGAAUGAUUCUCAAUUAAAUGUCUGGCUAAUUCAGAUGAGAUCCUUAAGCUAGGUUACGAGCUUUGAAGUUUGAAAAAAGAAAAGUCACUUGAUCCAGGGACAGCCCACAUAUCUAUUGGCCUGUUCUGACCUCUUUUUCUUAAUGGUGACUGCUCCUGCUCAGGCUGCACAGAAAAAGCAUUUUGGUUCCAGAAAAGCAUUCCAAUCGUGCAAAUAAAAUAUAACUGAUAGAAUUCUACAGGAUGGGGUAUUGGUGUGUGAGAACAGUCCAGAUCCAAUGAUCCCCAGAUGGUGGAGAUAUCAGGUGCCAUCCUGGCUCCCUGGCACCUUCACUUGGCCAAACACUGCUCCUCACUAAGAACUUUCUGUCACCUCUAAAACUGCUGGAGACCCCAUAAAGGCCCUUUGCACCAGCUCCUGAGAUUCCGGCAAGGAUUGAUUCUGCCCUUUCAAGCAAAUCACGAGGGCUAGAAACAUGCUCUUUCAAAAGGGGCAGCUGCUUUUUGCAGGAAGCCAUAUUCAGUGGGCUGUCAGUGCCUCCCUACCCUCCUCCUCCCUAACAGGCAUGGUGACAGUAAUGAAAGAAGGAGCUAACUUCAUUCAGCCCACCUUCCAGGGUCUCUGGAAUCUGCCACCAGCAAUGCACAAGCAAAAUCUCUGCCUCGGUGAGCAAACCGGUUUCUCCUUCAGCUGUGGCUUUGAUCACACUCUGCAGGCGGCACUGUCUUCGUUUGGUACCUUUUCCCCAUCAAUAAUAUUCAUAGCUAUUAAAGCAGCACAUGGUCCUCACUGAACAACAUGCAGAACACCCAGAUUUCCAAUGGGAAUUCAAAUUUUGAUGUGGCAUUUCAAAACUAAGAAUCUCACAUUCUCAGUGUUUUAGACUCUGUGCCUCUGAAACAGUUUGACUGGCAUCAAAUGUGGGAACUCAGUUUUGAAUGAAUGCCUAAAUAUCCAAGACAGAGAUACCUUCAGGUAUCCGAAGUACUGUAGCUUGAGAUAGGCCUGAGCAGUCUACUAGCAAAAGGGUAGAGCUUCCAGGCAAGGCAUCUCCAGCAAACAAGUCCCCAGCCCCAGUGUGUUGGUGGAAUCCUGCAGGGGGCUUCCAGACCCCUUUUGUGCACCGUGUCACAGCUUUUGUAGGAGAGGGGAGAGGGGCUGGGGACCGAGCAGGCAGACAACACCAUGGUGGCUCUCCAGCUCACCUCCCUUUUGUAUGCAUAAUUUUUAUUAAUUUGCAUAAUGCAAAAUACAAAAACAAAAUAUAAAAGUUCGAUUCUCAUUUUCACAGGUUUUUAAGUAUGGCUUCCUUCAACCUUUCCACAAAUCAUCCGUAAUAAUCUUUUAUAAAAAUUCGCAUUUCUUAGUUUGAAAUGCCAUUAAUCAUUCUAGUUCUUCCAUUUCUCUUUAGACAAUACUCUUUUCUUUUACAGAGCUCCUUUAAAGCCCACUAGUGUUAUCUGUCCAUCACUUAAAUUUUCCAGAUAUUUCGUAAAACUUUCCCAAUCCUUAAUGAACCUCUGGUCUUUUAAAUAUCUAAUUUUCCCUGUCAUCUUAUCCAUUUCCGCAUAAUCUAAUAGUUUUGCUCUCCAUUCCUCAAUUGUCGGUAGGCCCUCUGAUUUCCAAUUUUGCAGCUCACCUCCCUUUUGAAGCUGAGCCAUGCAUUUCCUGGUCUGAUUCUUUUUUUUAAAAAAAAAAUAAUAUUUAUUACUUUUCCAACAAUUUAAACACUACAAAAACAAUACAAUACAAUACAAAAACACUACAUAACAUUGACACGUUAAACACAUUAAACUAACAAAACAAAACAAAACAAAAACAGUAAAAUAAAUCAAACAAUUUCAAUAUCCCAUCUUUCAUUCACUUAUUUCCACGACCUCUUCACACCUCCCUUUUUGUAUUCCACUUCUGUUAACUGUUUCAGCAAUUCCUUUCCAUCUUCCUCUGUUUUCUAUCCUGUAAUUAUCUUAACACAUUCUAACCUUAUUUUUUCCUUUAAUACUCUAUUAAUCUAUUUAUACUUAAUUCCUUGUAACGUUUCUACUAAAGCCAUAUAACUUCAUUCCAACAUUUUUCUAACAUUCAUUAAUUUUACAGUAUUUCUGUAAAUAGUCUUUAAACUUUUUCCAAUCUUCUUCCACCAACUCUUCUCCCUGGUCUCGGAUUCUGCCAGUCAUUUCCGCCAGUUCCAUAUAGUCCAUCAACUUCAUCUGCCAUUCUUCCCGGGUGGGGCGUUUCCUGGUCUGAUUCAACCCUGUUGUCCUCUGGCAAGGUUUGGAGGUGCCUUGAAGUGCAGCAAUUUGCCUCUGAUAAGUUUAGGAAGCCAGAUCUGCAUGAUGGAGGCUGCAGAACGUGGCAAGGUUUUGUCAGCUAGUUUUAGAACAUCAUUUGGGAUGGGGGUAGGGAGGUUUUUAAAAAAUAUAUAUAAAUUGGCCUCUGUGUUCUAGGGACAUUGGUGGUGCUGUGGGUUAAACCACAGAGCCUAGGACUUGCCGAUCAGAAGGUCGGCGGUUCGAAUCCCGCGACGGGGUGAGCUCCCGUUGCUCGGUCCCAGCUCCUGCCAACCUAGCAGUUCGAAAGCACCUCAAAGUGCAAGUAGAUAAAUAGGUACCACUCCAGUGGGAAGGUAAACGGCGUUUCCGUGCGCUGCUCUGGUUCACCAGAAGCGGUUUAGCCAGAAGCUGUAUGCCGGCUCCCUCGGCCAAUAAAGCGAGAUGAGCGCCGCAACCCCAGAGUCGGUCACAACUGGACCUAAUGGUCAGGGGUCCCUUUACCUUUACCUAUGUUCUAGAAAGCUGACGGAGAAUUAUUUUUCCACUGAGCUGUAGUGCCAGAUGAGGAGGAGCCUGGUGGUUGUUAUCCUUUCUCAAGUCUGAUCUAGCAGUCGAACUGAGUCCAUUUCUGUGUUGUGUCAGAUGCUGUGUCCUGUUAGGCAUCUCAGAGCUUGCCUGAAGCUGGGGAUGAGCCACGUAGGAAAAAAAGGGAUUUAGAAGAAGAGGUGGUGGCAGUUGUGUAUCCUGGGGCUGCAAGCAGGCAAGGGGCAUUUUGAGGAUGGGACAGACCUUUGGGUGGUUGGUGUGCGGGACCACAGCACACACAGUCACAGAAAAUCUGCUGGUUUUUUUAAUGGUUUAUGAGCCUCUUGUGAAACGGAUACCUGUCUCCCCAUCUGUUGGAAUACUUACUUACCUUUUGAAGAGGAGUUGGGUGAAGGGAAGACUUAUAAGCCUCUUUAUCUGCUUAGGCUGAUUCCUAACUUUGACCAAUUUGCCAGCAAAAAACCUUGACACGUUCAUAGUUCUUUGGCAAGAAAUCAUGGGGAAACUGAAAAACCGGGUAAUCUAUUUACUGCUCAGCGGACUUUCACCCACCUUCAUCGUCAUCAUUUUUUUUUGGGAUGCUAUGCUCAAGGUGGCUUACAACAUAAAAAGAUUUACAUAAUCACAAACAUAAAAGAAGUAGUCAUAAACAAGAAAUAAAACAGACCAAAAGGUACACAACCAAAUUGAACAGUUUCUACAUUAAAUCAUAAGAACUAAAAAUUAAUAUCAACAACAGCAACAAAAAAACCCCUGAAUAAUAGUUUAAAGGAUUCAGGAGAGGGGAGGAAUUGGAGGGAGAGAUGUCCUCUGACCAUGUUUCAGGGGAGAACGUUGCUUUUUAAAAAUGACUUCCACCCAAAUCUAUAUUGUGGACAUCCCUGUGAAUGUGAAUCUGCAGCGAGACUUUGCUUCCACCUAAAAGAUAACAAAUGUUAACAAAAAGUAUAAAGACUGGAGCCAAGCUUCCAGAUAAUAAUGAUUUAUUAAUUUAGGAAUCUCCUAAAAUGUAACAGCAACCCAAAGUAAUUUAAAACUCAGUACAAAAGACAACCAAAUGUAGGUUUUAAAACAAUAGCAAAAGAGAGAGAGCGCGUGCACCUACACCAGAGACUUUUUCACUUAGCUGGAAAAGCUUGUUGAACCAACAACGUCUUCAAUUGUUUCCUGAAAGUACAAAUAGUGGACGCCUGCUGCAGCUCAGCAGGGAUUCAUAAUGUUUUAAUAAGAUUAAUUGGCUGGUAAACAGGCACAUGUGUGCAGAGAAUCUUCCCGGCUCCGCUUGCCUUUGCAGUUCUGCCCCUGCCCCUACGGCUGGUUGCCUCCUCUUGUUCUAGAGCAGUGUCUCCCAAACUUUGGGUCACCAGCUGUUUUGGGGCUACAGUUCCCAUAAUCCCUGACUGCUGGUCCUGUUAGCUAGGGGAUGAUGGGAGUUGUAGUCCCAAAACAGCUGGAGGCCCACGUUACACUGCUCUGAAGGGGUUUUUUUAGUGCUGAGGAAGAAAAAGACUGUGACAAGCAUGGGGCCACUUCAGUCCCCUGUUGUGUUCCCACACCACCAAAUUCUGGAGGUGCCCCUGCCCCUGCCAAAGACUCCUCCAAACCCCUCCUGCCUGCUCUUUCCUCUCUCCCCCCGGGUACACAUCCCUGCUUUGCACAUAACACUUUCUGCCCAUUUUGCUCAUUUGGAAAAUUCCACCUGAUGAAACCGGUUUGGUCACUGCUGUAGCAUUUAUGGGGCUGGCUGGAGGCGUCGUGCCCGGUCAACCGUGCGGCUUUUGCCCUGAGCUUCCUGCUCUGUGGGUGCGUCAGGUGUGCAAGCUCCCUGGGCAGGGUCAAGCAAGCCAGCCGGCUGUCGACAGCAAAUGGCACAGAUAAUCUGCAGAGCAACUUGGAGCUCCCCUGGCCUGGUGCCAGCCUGCUGCUUCCUGCAACUGUGUUUGGGAAAGGGGUGGGGCUUUCAGCCUCAGCUGCAGCUUGGCCACGUCUUCCCUUGGAAUAAUAGGACAGAACCCCAGGAGAAACAAGUAAGCAGGGAUUUGGGGUGGGAGCAGGUCAGCCCCCAAAGAAGGUAAGAGCAUCAAACUGCUUCCCUGUAUCCCAGCGGCCUUUUUGCAAGAGGAUGAGAGCUGGUGAAAGGCGGAGGUCUGCUGGGUCAAGACUAGCUGGAAGGCCAGGCAGCUUCACUCAAGCUGUUCCGCCUUUGUCCCAAGACCCCACCUUCUGAAAUAAGGAGUAAUAGUCAAUGAAGGAAUUAGAGAAAAUGUGGACUAUGGCAGAUGAAGAUGAUGGACUUUUCGGAGCUAGCCGACCUGACCGGAAGAGUCCGCGACCAAAAGGAGGAGGAGUACCAGGAGGAAUGGAUGAAAUUUAAAGAAUAUUUAGUUAAAUAUGUUAGGGUAAUUUAAAUAGAAAUACUUGCAAAUACCAGAUUGGCUUAGGAUUUAAAUAUGUGAUGUUAUAGAAUAAUAUGUUUAAAGUUAAUAUGGAAAGUAAGAAAGAUGUUAAUUGAUUGAUUAAAUUUUAUGAGAAAUUAGUUUUGGAAAACUGUUACAAUGAUAUACAUUGAAAUUCAGCCAGGGGGAUUCGAGGAAGUCACUUAACAAUGUUAAUAAUAGCGGAAUAAAUAUAGUUAGGAUUUACAGUGGUGCCUCGCAAGACGAAUGCCUCGCAAGACGAAAGAGUUUUCCGUUUUUUGAGUCGUUCCGCAAGACGAAUUUCCCUAUAGGCUUGCUUCGCAAGACGAAACGUUUUGCGAGUUCUUGCGAGUUUGUUUCCUUUUUCUUAAAGCCGCUAAGCCGUUAAUAGCCGCUAAGCCGCUAAUAGCCGUGCUUUGCAAGACGAAAAAACCGCAAGACGAAGAGACUCACGGAACGGAUUAAUUUUGUCUUGCGAGGCACCACUAUAUAUUUGUUUGUUUGGUUAUAAAUUUGGAAAACCAAUAAAAAAAAAUUUGAAGAAAAGAAAAGAAAAUGUGGACUAGCAUUGGCUUUGCUGCAAGUUCUCUGAGUAACAGAGUGUCUUUGCAAGAGCAGAGUAUAUGUGAUUGGCUGCAAGGGCUUUGCAAGACCUUGGCUACUCUCCAAGCUGAUUGAAACGGGGCUUUCAAGAUCUUUGCUCUUCUCCCUGUUCAAUCAGACCCACUCAUUCUCCUUCAUAACUUAAUUAUUUUACAGCUCUCCCGAGACCUUGGUUCCUUUACCAGGGAGAGGGAGCAGGGGCAGCUUUCAAUAAACAAGCAAGCAAGCAGGCAGGCAAAAAUUACAUACCACUUACCAGAAUGAGAGGGAUGCGGGUGGCGCUGAGCCUAGGACUUGCCAAUCAGAAGGUCGGCGGUUCGAAUCCCCGUGACUGGGUGAGCUCCUGUUGCUCGGUCCCUGCUCCUGCCAACCUAGCAGUUUGAAAGCACGUCAAAGUGCAAGUAGAUAAAUAGGUACCACUCCAGUGGGAUGGUAAACGGCGUUUCCGUGCGCUGCUCUGGUUCGCCAGAAGCGGUUUAGUCAUGCUGGCCGCAUGACCCGGAAGCUGUACGCCGGCUCCCUCGGCCAAUAAAGCGAGAUGAGCGCCGCAACCCCAGAGUCGAUCAUGACUGGACCUAAUGGUCAGGGGUCCCUUUACCCUUUACCUUUCCCAGAAUGAAAGACCCCAGAGCAGUUCUGGCUGGGAUUUCAACCUACUCUUUGGUCCAUAACCACAGCAGGAUGAAGUACCUUUAUGCCUUUGUCCCGCGUUUAGGAACAUAAUUUUGUACUGAUCUCAUUCUCUUUCUUAUUGCAGACACCAGGAGGCUGCUGGGAGGCCGGCGACUCGGCUACUGUACCCUCAGCCAGAGCCCCCCUAAUACCUGCAUGGUAAGUACAGGGGGUGUGGGGGGGUGAGGCCUGUGGGGUGUGGGAGAGAGAAUCAAGGGCACAGCUCAUAUACCUCUGCUGCGUCAUUCUUAAAGGUCCUUAAACCCUUCCUGGAGGCGGUUGGAGGAUGGCUGGUGGCUAACAGAUUGAGGUUGAAUCCUGACAUGACAGAAGUAGUGUUUUUGGGAGACAGGAGGCAGGCGGGUGUGGAGAACUCCCUGGUCCUGAAUGGGGUAACUGUGCCCCUGAAGGACCAGGUGCGCAGCCUGGGAGUCAUUCUGGACUCACAGCCCUCCAUGGAGGCGCAGGUCAAUUCUGUGUCCAGGGCAGCUGUUUAUCAGCUCCAUCUGGUACGCAGGCUGAGACUCUACCUACCUGAAGACUGUCUUGCCAGAGUGGUGCAUGCUCUAGUUAUCUCCCACUUGGACUACUGCAAUGCGCUCUACAUUGAAGGGGACCUGGAAACUACAACUAAUCCAGAAUGCGGCCGCUAGAUUGGUGACUGGGAGCGACCGCCGAGACCAUAUAACACUGGUCUUGAAAGACCUACACUGGCUCCCAGUACGUUUCCGAGCACAAUUCAAAGUGUCGGUGCUGACCUUUAAAGCCCUAAAUGGUCUCGGUCCAGUAUACCUGAAGGAGCGUCUCCACCUUCAUCGUUCUGCCCGGACACUGAGGUCCAGCGCCGAGGGCCUUCUGGCGGUUCCCUCUCUGCAAGAAGCCAAGUUACAGGGAACCAGGCAGAGGGUCUUCUCGGUAGUGGCACCCGCCCUGUGGAACGCCCUCCCACCAGAUGUCAAAGAGAAAAAUAACUACCAAACUUUUAGAAGACAUCUGAAGGCAGCCCUGUUUAGGGAAGCUUUUAAUGUUUAAUAGGUUAUUGUAUUUUAGCGUUUUGUUGGAAGCCGCCCAGAGUGGCUGGGGAGGCCCAGCCAGAUGGGUGGGGUAUAAAUAAAUUCUUCUUCUUCUUCUUCUUCUUCUUCUUCUUCUUAUUAUUAUCAUCAUCAACAACAAAGUUUCCUGGAAAGCCACGUGGAUAAGUGAGGGAAGGAGAUGGGGCGGGGAAAAGUGCAGUAUACCUGGUCCUUCCCCAAAGGAGGUUUUGUUGCCAUGGGAACCACUUUGCUCUUUUGCCAUCAGGCUAGCAACCUGGACAGUCAAUUCACAUCCCUUCAGCUGGCCAGAUUUGGCCUGAGGGCCUCCAGCUGCCAACCCUUGUGCUAGGUUGCAGUAGAAUUCUUUGUGAGCUGCUAUCAUCACUGCAGUUUAACCACGAUACCAUUUAAUUGGGCGAGAGAAGUCAUUCCCCAUCUCAGGAGGAGGAUGCUGGGGUCUCUCUCAAAUGCACCUUUCCAAAUUGCAAGGGUUCCACCCGCCCUCCUGUGUGUGUGUUUGUGGAGGUCAUAAUUGGCAUGGGCCUAAAACGCCUGUUUUUGUUCCACCCCCAGGAAGUCACAGGCUACCAAAGCAAAACAUGGAAGAUCAUCCUCUGCCACUUUUUCUCUCUGCUGAUGGUGGGAAUCCCACUGGUAGUUUUCCACUGGAAGCCACACUUCAAAGUCCGGGCCAAAUGCAGCCGCUGCCCUCUCCACCAAGCUGACUGGGUGGUCAUCCGUGUGAGUGGAAUUGGCGGGUGGCGAGGGGAGAAAGCUGGGGAAAGAAGGGGUGGUGCAAUGAAGUGCAGGCACACUUUUGCCAUUUGUACCCCUAAUGUCACAUUUUCAGAAAUGACCAAGGGUCCUGGUUAUAGGGGAAUUAAAUAUAUGAAUCCCUGUGGACUCAAGUGUGUGGGUGAAUAACAAAAGAAUUGGCUGGGUGCCUAGAUUCAAAACAUGGGGCUAGCACACAGAAAGCCCCAACAGAGUUUUAAAUCAAGUCACAACUUGUACAGCAGUACAGUGUCAGGAAUAUAGGUUGUUGGACCCUUUUAUCCCAUUCAUGAUCCUCCCCUCUUUCUACCCCCUUUUCAAGGAACAGACCACACUAAGUAAGUUUAAAAUGUCUUACUUACAGAUUUAAAGGUCUGAUACAUGUGUUGUUCCAUGCAACUUCAAGGAGAACACCAGCAAAAUACUCUCGAGUAGAAAAUACAGAAUAUGGUUCCAAACAUGUGCUCUAAGCUUGGGAGCAAACUUACACAUGUUCUCCUUCAUUGGUUACAUGGUGCAGAAAGAGAGAGAAAGGAAGUAGAAAGCUUCAUUUCUGAGGGUGCGUGACCUAGUUGAGUCUAGGAACACAGCUCUAUUGUCUUAACCCCUUCAUGUACUUGUUGUCGUUUAGUCGUUUAGUCGUGUCCGACUCUUCGUGACCCCAUGGACCAGAGCACGCCAGGCACUUCUGUCUUCCACUGCCUCCCGCAGUUUGGUCAGACUCAUGUUUGUAGCUUCGAGGACACAGUCCAACCAUCUCGUCCUCUGUCGUCCCCUUCUCCUUGUGCCCUCCAUCUUUCCCAACAUCAGGGUCUUUUCCAGGGAGUCUUCUCUUCUCAUGAGGUGGCCAAAGUAUUGGAGCCUCAGCUUCAUGAUCUGUCCUUCCAGUGAGCACUCAGGGCUAAUUUCCUUAAGAAUGGAUGCGUUUGAUCUUCUUGCAGUCCAUGGGACUCUCAAGAGUCUCCUCCAGCACCAUAAUUCAAAAGCAUCAAUUCUUCGGCGAUCAGCCUUCUUUAUGGUCCAGCUCUCACUUCCAUACAUCACUACUGGGAAAACCAUGGCUUUAACUAUACGGACCUUUGUUGGCAAGGUGAUGUCUCUACUUUUUAAGAUGCUGUCUAGGUUUACCAUUGCCUUUCUCCCAAGGAGCAGGCGUCUUUUAAUUUCGUGACUGCUGUCACCAUCUGCAGUGAUCAUGGAGCCCAAGAAAGUAAAAUCUCUCACUGCCUCCAUUUCUUCCCCUUCUAUUUGCGAGGAGGUGAUGGGCCCAGUGGCCAUGAUCUUCGUUUUUUUGAUUUUGAGCUUCAGACCAUAUUUUGCGCUCUCCUCUUUCACCCUCAUUAAAAGGUUCUUUAAUUCCUCCUCACUUUCUGCCAUCAAGGUUGUGUCAUCUGCAUAUCUGAGGUUGUUGAUAUUUCUUCCGGCGAUCUUAAUUCCGGCUUGGGAUUCAUCCAGCCCAGCCUUUUGCAUGAUGAAUUCUGCAUAUAAGUUAAAUAAGCAGGAGACAAUAUACAGCCUUGCCGUACUCCUUUCCCAAUUUUGAACCAAUCAGUUGUUCCAUAUCCAGUUUUAACUGUAGCUUCUUGUCCCACAUAGAGAUUUCUCAGGAGACAGAUGAGGUGAUCAGGCACUCCCAUUUCUUUAAGAACAUGCCAUAGUUUGCUGUGGUCGACACAGUCAAAGGCUUUUGCAUAGUCAAUGAAGCAGAAGUAGAUGUCUUUCUGGAACUCUCUAGCUUUCUCCAUAAUCCAGCACAUGUUUGCAAUUUGGUCUCUGGUUCCUCUGCCUCUUCUAAAUCCAGCUUGCACUUCUGGGAGUUCUCAGUCCACAUACUGCUUGAGCCUUCCUUGUAGAAUUUUAAGCAUAACCUUGCUAGCGUGUGAAAUGAGUGCAAUUAUGCGGUAGUUGGAGCAUUCUUUGGCACUGCCCUUCUUUGGGAUUGGGAUGUAGACUGAUCUUCUCCAAUUGUCUGGCCACUGCUGAGUUUUCCAAACUUGCUGGCAUAUUGAGUGUAGCACCUUAACAGCAUCAUCUUUUAAAAUUUUAAAUAGUUCAGCUGGAAUACCAUCACUUCCACUGGCCUUGUUAUUUGCAGUGCUUUCUAAGGCCCAUUUGACUUCACUCUCCAGGAUGUCUGGCUCAAGGUCAGCAACCACACUACCUGGGGUGUAUGAGCCAUCCUUAUCUUUCUAGUAUAAUUCCUCUAUGUAUUCUUGCCACCUCUUUUUGAUGUCUUCUGCUUCUGUUAGGUCCUUUCCACUUUUGCUUUUAUUAUGGUAAUCUUUGUACGAAAUGUUCCUUUCAUAUCUCCAAUUUUCUUGAACAGAUCUCUGGUUCUUCCCAUUCUGUUGUUUUCCUCUAUUUCUUUGCAUUGCUCGUUUAAGAAGGCCUUCUUGUCUCUCCUUGCUAUUUUUUGGAAAUCAGCAUUCAAUUUCCUGUAUCUUUCACUAUCUCCCUCGCAUUUUGCUUUCCUUCUCUCCCCCGCUAUUUGUAAGGCCUCGUUGGACAGCCACUUUGCUUUCUUGCAUUUCCUUUUCAUUGGGAUGGUUUUAGUUGUUGCCUCCUGUAUAAUGUUACGAGCCUCCAUCCAUAGUUCUUCAGGCACUCUGUCCACCAAAUCUAAAUCCUUAAACCUGUUCCUCACUUCCACUGUGUAUUCAUAAGGGAUUUGACUUAGAUUGUAUCUUACUGGCCCAGUGGUUUUUCCUACUUUCUUCAGUUUAAGCUUGAAUUUUGCUAUAAGAAGCUGAUGAUCUGAGCCACAGUCAGCUCCAGGUCUUGUUUUUGCUGACUGUAUAGAGCUUCUCCAUCUUUGGCUGCAGAGAAUAUAAUCAAUCUGAUUUCGAUGCUGCCCAUCUGGUGAUGUCCAUGUGUAGAGUCGUCUCUUGUGUUGUUGGAAAAGAGUGUUUGUGAUGACCAGCUUGUUCUCUUGGCAGAACUCUAUUAGCCUUUGCCCUGCUUCGUUUUGAACUCCAAGGCCAAACUUGCCAGUUGUUCCUUUUAUCUCUUGACUCCCUACUUUAGCAUUCCAAUCCCCUAUAAUAAGAAGAACAUCCUCCUUUGGUGUCAAUUCUAUAAGGUGUUGUAAGUCUUCAUAGAACUGGUCAAUUUCAGUUUCUUCAGCACCAGUGGUUGGUGCAUAAACUUGGAUUACUGUGAUGUUAAAAGGUCUGCCUUGGAUUCGUAUCGAGAUCAUUCUAUCAUUUUUGAGAUUGCAUCCCAUUACAGCUUUUGCCACUCUUUUGUUGACUAUGAGGGCCACUCCAUUUCUUUUACAGGAUUCUUGCCCACAGUAGUAGAUAUGAUGGUCAUCCGAAUUGAAUUCGUCCAUUCCCGUCCGUUUUAGUUCACUGAUGCCCAGGAUGUCAAUAUUUAUUCUUGCCAUCUCAUUUUUGACCACAUCCAACUCACCAAGGUUCAUGGUUCUUACAUUCCAGGUUCCUAUGCAAUAUUUUUCUUUACAGCAUUGGACUUUCCUUUCGCUUCCAGGCAUAUCCGCAACUGAGCGUCCUUUCGGCUUUGGCCCAGCCGCUUCAUCAGCUCUGGAUCUACUUGUACUUGUCCUCCGCUCUUCCUCAGUAGCAUGUUGGACGCCUUCCGACCUGAGGGGCUCAUCUUCCAGCGUCAUAACUUUUAUAUGCAUUUUGUCUUUGCCCAUGGAGUUUUCUUGGCAGGGAUACUGGAGUGGCUUGCCGGUUCCUGCUGCAGGUGGAUCAUGUUUGGUCAAAACUCUCCACUAUGACCUGUCCAUCUUGGGUGGCCUUGCACGGCAUAGCUCAUAGCUUCUCUGAGUUAUUCAAGCCCCUUCGCCACGGCAAGGCAGUGAUCCAUGAAGGGGCUUCAUGUACUAACUAGCCCUAUACUUGCUAGUUAUGCUUGACUCCAAUUUCCCACACUGAUGGCAUGCUGCAGAUUGAGCCUUUUGUUCCAUGGCGAGAUGGUAACCUCCUUUGAGGGCCACAUUUGGAAACAAACCCCGAAGCCUCAAGGCAGUUCAAUCAGGCUUGUCCAAAUCUUGACCCCUCUCCAUGCGGAAUGUGGCCCUUGAGGGGCUUCCUUUGUUUGAGGGAGUUGUACCCUGCCUUUCAAUAAAAAACCCCAAAUUUAAAAAGCAUAAUAAAGCAGAUUUAAUCCAUGCAAUUCAAAAAUAUUCAAAAAGGUACUAAAACCCAUUUAAAAAACCACACAUUACAAGCAAUUCUUUGCUGCCUGUCUGGAAAUUGAAGAAUGUUUUUGUGGGGAGGGGGUAUGAACACUCUGUACAUGUCCUGUGAGCUGUGUUUGGUUUGUUGAGUUGCAGAUUGAUGCCCUCCAAUGUGGGGUUGGACUAAAUGACCUUUGAGGUCCCUUCCAACUCUGCCAUUCUAUGAUUUCAGGUGUCUGGGAGGUUUAAAGCUGCAGGUGUCAAGCCCCCCAGGAAAGAACUGGCUAGCUGUUUGAUCAGGAUUAGGGCCAGCACUUCAAUCCUGUUCUCCUUUCUUUGAUUCUGUGAGCCAAACCCUUUCCCCACAGCUGAGCCAAGUGCCUUCUGUGCUUCUCUUCCAGGACCAAUUUGGCCAGUAUUUCACAGCCUGUGUCCGAACAGAGCAGAUGGUAGAAGGCAGGUGAGUGAGGCGUUGGGGUCCACUCUCGCCUGGUCUUGAAUUUGCAGAAGACAUGAAUGAAUCAGAAAGGGGCUGGGGGACAUGCAAACUGUUUGUGGGUCAGAGGUGUGCCCCACAAUAAGUGUCCAAACUCUGGGCGUUUGGCCUUGCAAAUGCAGACCUGAAACGUAUAAAUGGCAUUGCAGCAGUUCCAACUUCCAGUGGGUUCAUCCCACCCUGUAAAAGACCCUCUCCAUAGUGUUAGAAACUCAGAUAUAUAGUCUUAAUCGCCAAAUGGCACCUUUAACCUAGGUUAUGGUUGCCACAAUGGAAUGUCUAGUUCAGGGGUCAGCAAACUUUUUCAGCAGGGGCCGGUCCACUGUCCCUCAGACCUUGUUGGGGACUGGACUAUAUGGGGUGGGGGAAUGAAUGAAUUCCUAUGCCCCAUAAAUAACCCAGAGAUGCAUUUUUUAAAAAAGGACACAUUCUACUCAUGUAAAAACACGCUGAUUCCUGGACCAUCCGCGGGCUGGAUUUAGAAGGCGAUUGGGCCUUAGUUUGCCUAGUUCUCCCCCCCCCCACCCCCGGGAUAUCAUCAUCAUCAUCAUCAUUUCUAUACCACUUUCUAUUUUAAAGAACUAAUCUCAAAGUGGUUUAAAACAAGCAAGGAUAAAACAAAUUCACGCGUCAAGGAAAAUAUUUCAGAUCCUUGAUUAAGUGACGUUUUGCUUUCCCAGUUGGCAACCUGGCAUCUGUAGGAUGUGAAACACAAGAGCAGUCAAGUACAACAUUCCUAGAGUGAACAUGUUUACACAUGGGGAGGGAUGUUUGUCCAGCCAGCAGGUAAACUUCCUGUUUCCUUCUGGGCUGGGACAGACUUCCUCUGCAUGUGACUAGAGGUGGGUGUGGCCUCACCUGUGCAGGUAAUGACAAAAGCACAGGGCAGGGCAGCCAUCUCUCACUCUUUCACCACAUGCAUCGAAGAAACAACAUCUACUGAGCCAAAGAUGCCCUCUUGUCUUCCAGCCAAGAGAGGACAAAGGGACUGUCUUCUUAAGAGAUAGAUUCCAAGUGUAUGCUACUUCAUUAAGCUAAGUCUGCCUUCUGGGAUCUGAUUGUGAACAGAAUGUCAGUAAACUCUUUUUAUACUUUUGUAGAAGACUGUGUCGUCUCUUUUAUUUUAUGAGGGAAUAAGGGAAAAUACCGGAACAGUUAUUAUAGAGGCUUUACCGAGCCUGAGCAAAACGCAUCCGUUUCAAACCUAAAAUUAAGGGGAAUUUUACUCUGCUGAAAUUGUGGAACUUGUUAACACAAGUUGGAUAAGGAUAUAAUAUAUCCUCUCCUGCAUCCCUGAAAAUUCCCACAGCAUCCAGAGAUCUCCACGUGGUUGCAGUUGGACCCGUGCCAGUUGCAAAACGUGCCUGGAGCCUAGCUAAUUUCUAGCACUGCCUUCCCAUUGAAGCCCGCCCCCAAUGCCUUGUUUACAUUGACAACACGGAGUCCAGAUCCAGGUUGAAGUCAUUCAGCCCAUACUGAGAGAGGCACACUCUCUUUUGUUACGACUUUGCAUGCUUCAGCAUGACUGGGACUUAACUCAGGAGAAAAUGCACUUGGAGGCUAAACCCUCCUCUUUGAAGAGGAUGAGAUUCAAACCGAGGUCUAAGCUCUGUGCUGUCUCCUUUGCCUCUUUCCCUCCCUCUUCCUGCAAAGCCUCGAGUACGGAAGAGACGGUGGAGGAGACCGCAUCGCUGUGGGUGUGUUUGAGGAUGAAGAUGAAAGUCGAGACACGAUUGGGCUCCAUCGGAAGGAGGAGGUCAGUUCAGCCCCUUGCACCCCACGAACCCAGAACCUCUUGGUCUGCCUGACCCAGCUGCAGAGGUCCCUGGAAAACCUCCAAGUAUCCUCCCCCGUUUUCCUGGCAUGUGAGCCAGAGAACUCAGAUGGGCUUUCAAGUGCCUCUAGGUUCUAUAUUUAAAUAUGCCCUUUAUCUAUAUGCUAUAUAUACCUAUAUAUAUAUAUAUAUCUGAGUAUUUUGUCAGUUUUAACAUAUCGUUUAACAGUGAUUAAGCAUACUUUGCAUCUUAUUCAAGUUUUGACUGCCAUCAAUUCUGUCUGAGAAUUUGCCAACUAAUCUCUCAGUAUGCAUCUAAUCUCCCAGUGUUACGUUUCAAACUCAGAUACCAAUAUCUAUCGUUUUCUAAUUUGUAGCACUCUGUGAUUUCUCCUGCAGAACUUAUUGUAGUCCAUAACGAAUUUGCUGAUUACAGUUGCCUUCAAAUAAUUCAUAUACUUCUUCCAAUCUUCUGUAAAUCUCUGGUCCCGCAGGUUUCGAAUCCUUCCUGUCAGUUUGGCCAAUCUGCAUAGACCAUUAAUUUGUCUGCCAUUCUUCUUUAGUCAGAAUUUCUUCUUGUUUGCAUUUCUGGGCUAACAAUACUUUGCUGCAGUUGCUGGCAUAUGGAAACAAUUUAACAUCUUGCCUAUUAAUGUCCUGACCUAUAAUACCAAGUAAGAAUGCUUCUGGCUUUUGAAAAAUGUCUAUUUCAAUAUCUUUCUCAUCUCAUUAUAUAUCAUUUCCCAGAGGUUCUUUACUUUUUUACAUUCCCACCACAUAUGAUAAAAUGUUCCUUCUUUUUCUUUACAUUUCCAACAUUUAUUAUUUGUCUUAUACAUUUUAGCUACCGUAUUUUUCGCCCUAUAGGACGCACCUUUUCCCCUCCAAAAAUGAAGGGGAAAUGUGUGUGCGUCCGAUGGGGUGAAUGCAGGCUUUCGCUGAAGCCUGGAGAGCCCCACCGCCAGCCCCACAAGCUCGCAACGUGGUUUGGAGGCUGGCGGAGGGCUUCCCCCUCCCCCAGCCGCAAGCUCCCAGAGUGAUGCUGAAGCUGCCCGCAGCUUCGGCAUCGCUCUGGGACCCGUCUCUGGGGGCUGGGGCUGAGGCUCAGGCUCCCCGCCCCAGCCCCAGCCUGGGGGAGCUAGUCCCUUCAUCCCCCAAAUCUAGGUGCGUCCUAUAGGGUGAAAAAUACGGUAAUUUCACUGGUGUAAUAUACCAUCUAUACAUCAUUAAAUGUGCCCUUAUCUCAGCUUGAACCCUGCAAGGUAGUCUAGUCUGAGAGCAGCAGUGGGGAACAAGAGAGACUCGCCCAAGGCUGCCAUCUGAGAUGCCAAAGCUCUCUCAAGACAACCCCAGUGUUAGAAACUGGGAUAGAAAAGCUAGGAGCCAAGUGGCUUUUGGGUGCCAAAUCAGAAUGUCUAGUCGCCUCUUUAAAAUAUAUAUAACUUUUUUGCUGCCGGGUGAAUCAGGGAGUCUCAACAGCUGAUUCAUACGUCAGCAUGGCAGCAAAAAAGACGUGUCAGAUCAGCUGACUGCCGCCAGGCAGGUGGAGAUGCUUCGCACCAAGGGUCUUGCCUGGACAUCUUCAUUCAAUCGCAAAAGGCUGGUUGCCAGUCGCAAAAUGCAACAGGUGCCCGGCUCAUUUCAAACGCUGCUCAGAGCUCCCGGCAGCCCCUGACUCUUGACCUGCUUUCUCCUCUGUGCCAGUGUAUGUGCCCCCUUUGCCCUUUGCAUCCAUCUCUCUCUUCCGGGUUCCAUUCAGAGAAAGGGGAACUAUGACAUCCCACUUGUACAUUGCUAAGGAGACCAGAAGAGCAUAAAGUGAAGUUUUUAUUUUAUUUUAUUUUAUUUUAUUUUAUUCACAUAAUAUACAUUCUUUACAACAAGCAACUCCAAAAUAAGCAGACAAUUCCAAAAUAAAAUCAUGAAGGGGACAGGUUAUCCCACCUAGGUCUCUGUAGUCACCCCGCCCUCACCAGGCCUCAAGACUUUUCAAAUUACCGUAUUUUUUGCACCAUAACACUCACUUUUUUCCUCCUAGAAAGUAAGGGGAAAUGUCUGUGCGUGUUAUGGAGGGAAUGCCUACGGGUGGCAUGCCUACGGAUUUUCCUCCUCUAAAAACUACGUGCGUGUUAUGGUCGGGUGCGUGUUAUAGAGCGAAAAUACGGUACUUUCUCAUUUAGCUUUUCUCACAGAUGCUGCUGCAUAAGCAAAGCGUUCUUUUUAUCAGUGCAAGAAAGCUUCAAAAGCUAAUGAAUGGCUGUGUCAAUGCCAAGCAGAAGCAGGCCUGAGAACUGAGUCUUAUCUUACCCAGUUGCAACAAAUCUUGGACACGCUGACACACAGGCUUCUCAACCCCCUUUUUCCUGGGAAGAGCGCCAGGAGUCCCAAGACAGGAGUUUCUGUUCAUGCUCAGGAAAACUCAUGAGGCAGGGCUCCUGAGGAGGGGGAGAAAGGGGGGGAGCCUGGAGGGAAUAUAUGCUGCGUGCAGUGGCUGUAAAGUUGUGCUUGCUUGUGAAGUAUCACGCUAGCUCCUUCUGCUACCCGGAAGGCAGAAUAAAUAGCUCUUUCUCUGGAUUAACCCUUCGGUGUCUGUUUGACUCCUCCUCCUCUCCCCGGGUGCAAUGCUCUUUCCAUCCGUGAGAAAGGCCUAAAAAGGCUACAAUCAUAUGUAACAAAACCAUGUUUUCAUUUACACGGAUCUCCUCUCCGAUACCUUUACUUGAUAUUUCUUGAAGUUUUUAACGGUAGUAGUAAAACAUUAAAAAAAAUCUUUUCAGAAGAACGUCCUUCGCUACUAUCAGUUUGAAGGUUUGCGCUAUAUCUGGAUUGAGAAGUGGGGUGCCUUCUGCAAGGCCAGGUAAGCCUCUGCCUUCGGGGUGCACUAGGCUGGGACUUUGCUCCCCCUCUGUUGCCAGCAGCCGAAAUUGUAUAGUUUGCAUGGGUCUGUGCAAAUUUUCCUCGCCCCAAAUUUGAUUCCUGCAAUUUGUAUGUAGUAGUUUGUUCUAGCUUUUCAUUUUGCUUCUAGCAUGUUCUGUCCCAUGACUGGUUGUUUGCCGUCGGUUGCCAGAAUGCUCUGGAAUGUAUCCAGCUAAGCAAUACAGUGAUACCUCGGGUUACAGACGCUUCAGGUUACAGACCCCGCUAACCCAGAAAUAGUACCUCUGGUUAAGAACUUUGAUUCAGAAUGAGAACAGAAAUCGUGCUCCGGCGCCACCACGGCUCCGUGUGCUGCUCUGGCUCGUCAGAAGCGGCUUAGUCAUGCUGGCCACAUGACCCAGAAGCUGUACGCUGGCUCCCUCUGUUGGUUUCUGCUUUCCUUCACUGUGCAGCAACUGCAGUCACAAGACAUUGUUUUGCAUUCCACAGUCUGUACUGUUGGAGUUUCUCACGGGAAAGGGAGACUGGAUGUGACGUACACUGGUUUCCUGUUUUUUCACUGUGUGAUUCUCUCCGAGCUGUUGAGGAGAGAGGAUGCAUUUCUCUGCUCCUGCAGAGGCAAGAUGUCUUUCUGUAAUAUACCAGCUUUGAACUGUAAAUAAAGCAAUAUAGAGUAUGUAUCACAUUUUCCUCAUCCUUCCGCUUGGCACGAGACUCUGCUGUAAAUCAACACGUGGUUAUGGACUCCAGAGGUCGAAUCGGAGUGCCGGCAAAGGAUCGGAAUGCAGAGGGACGGAUCGGAAAGGAAUCUGCUCUGCGCGUAGAAGUGAUUGAUGAGGUAUGUGCUACUGCUCCGGGCAGCCUGCCAGCUUCAAGAUAAUGGCUUUAUGGCUGGACUUUGAACUUUUAAAGCCGGUUUUGCCGGGAAUAGGCAAAAGGCUCCCAGGCACAAGUCACUAUGCUGGGGAAAUCGAAAGUAACUUUUAAGUGUGCCUUUGUGAUAAGGCAGCUGCAGCAGUGACGCAGCAAGAAUUAAAGCAGCAUAUAUGACGCUGAAGGCUAAUGCCAGAGUCAUGAUGGCCCUUCAGGAUGCUUGUGGGAUUCCUAAGCUCAACAAGAAAAAUUACAGCGACUGGGUUCAGUAUGCAGAGGCAAUUCUGCGGAAAGAGGGUUUGUUUGAGGUGAUUACAGGAACCCCCCCAGUUCCAGUUACAGAUGCAUGGGAAGCUAAGGAUUCCAAAGCAAGGGGAACUCUUACAUUGAUAGUAUCCCCAGAAGAGCUCUGUCUAUUGCGUGAUAAGACCUCAGCCAGAGAAAUUUGGGACGCUCUGAGAGAGGCUCACUUAAGGACAGAAGCUGGAUCCACUAUGUUUUAUUUUAACAAGCUGCAUAAUAUGGCUCUUGCUGAAGGUGGAGAUGUGCGUUUACAUCUGAUGGAGAUGCAAAAUCUGAGACAUGAGCUGCAACAGAGAGGACUCAACUUUCCAGAGGCUGUGUAUUCUUUCAUGAUACUACAAUCUUUGGGUUCAGGUUGGGAGUCUGUUGCAACCCAGAUUGCUGUGCAACCAACUGCUCAGCUGACAGUGGACUUUGUUACUGCCGUGAUUUUAAAUGAAGCAGAUCGCCGGGUGCUAGCUGCAUGGGCAAGGGGAGUCUUCACAGACGUCAUCCCAUAGUGCAGUGGAACCACCAGAUGGCGCCAAAGCUUUGAAGGCAGUCAAAUGCUACUCGUGUGGACGUCUAGGCCAUAUGAAGAGGGAAUGCAGACAUCCCAGGGCCAAGACAGAGCAGCGCAGCGAAAGCUCAUCGCGCGGAAAAGGCCGAGGCAAAGGCAAAGGUCCGGUGUCUAGGACAACGCAGCACAAGGCUAUGGUUUCACGCUUCACUCCAAAGGUUGCAGAGGUCCAGAAGACGUCUAGAUCUUUCUUCGUUGUUGAUUCAGCGGCCACCCACCACAUGUGCAACGAUAAGAAACUGUUUGUGUCUUUUACACCGCAGGAAGGUGCGAUUCACCAGGCGGAUGACCACACUAUUCCCAGUAAAGGCUACGGAACUGUUGUUCUUCACAGUUUGGACUUAUCGAUACAGAAUGUGCUUUACGUGCCAGACGCCAAACAUAAUCUGCUCAGCGUUGGACAGCUGAAUGAGCGGAACAUUGACGUUUCCUUCAAGAACAAGAAGUGCAUCAUCACAAAGAAAAAUGAUUAUGUAUUGCAUGCAGAAUAUGUUGAUCAUUUGUUUGUUUUGUAUUAUGAUGAUGUGGUGCAGGAUGACACUUGUUGCAUUGCAGGUUCUAACAAAAGUUUGCAUGCAGAAUGUAUUCACGAUUUUCAUCGAAAAUUUGGUCAUUUGCAUUUUGAGGCAGUAUCUAAAAUGCCUGCCUUGGUUGAAGGUAUGACUAUUAAACCCUGCAGGUACCACAUGAAGUGCAAAGCAUGCGCAGCAAACAAGGUGAAAAUGGCUGCGAAAGGUAAGGUGUCUAGUAGGAAAGCUACAGAACCAUACCAGGUUGUUCAUGCUGAUUUGGUUGGACCACUAGCGCCCUCUUUGGGUGGAAAUAGAUACUUCAUGGUUCUCAUUGAUGCAUUUUCUAGAUAUAUUUUUGUGUACAAUCUCAAGCAGAAAUCGGAGGCUUUUCCUAGGUUCAAGGAAUUCUGUGCUUGGUUGGAAAAUGUGCAUGGUAAGAAGAUAAAGACUCUUUUCAGUGAUCGCGGGGGGGAAUUCACUUCUCAGCAGUUUGAAGCUUUUCUGACUGAGAAAGGAAUUCAACACGAUUUGUCUAGUCCUCGCUCGCCAUGGCAGAAUGGACUUGCGGAACGGGCAAAUCAGACAUUGCUUCAAGGAUUAAAAACCUUGCUGCAUGAUGCCAAUCUUCCAGAGAGUUAUUGGGCCGAAUCUCUCUCGUGUUUUGUUUACAGUUACAAUCGCAGGUUAUCUUCAGCGAUUGGUUGUACCUCUAUGAGAAGAUGUUUGGCAAGAAGCCAUACAUCAAACACAUGAAGAUUUUUGGUUCUGACAUGUGGGUUCGCUCACCACAAAACUCCAAGUUAGACAAGCGUGGAUUGCAUGGUAUCUUUCUAGGUUAUCAGAAAGGGUCUUACAGAAUAAUGAUGACUGACUCUAAGACAAUUAAGCUCACGAGAAGUGUUGAGUACAAUGCAAAGUGGGGGAGAAUGUGGGAAUUUUCCAAUGUUAUCCUGAUGACGGUGAUGAGACUGAGGAUAGUCAAAGCAACCACAACAGCCCACACCCACUGAUGAAGGUUCUGAGUCUGAAUCUGAAACUGAAUCGGGUGAUUCAGAGGAUUUCAAGAGUGCGAAAGCCUCUAUGCGACCCUCUGAAAGCUCUGAUCAAGAAUUGGAGGAACCAUUGUUCACAAUAGGUCGUUUUUCUCCUAAGAAGGAAGAGGAGAGUGUUGAAGACUUAAGGCUAAUUCGUAGGUCACAGAGAGUCACAAAAGGCAAACCUCCAAAGAGAUUUGCUGAUGAGUUUGCUAAGAUAGCAGUAACAGCUGUUAAAAGCUCCAAGAAGGUAUUUGAACCUUCAAGUUUCCAAGAAAUCCAGGGUUUGGAUUCAAAGGAAGCUGAGCCAUGGUUAAAUGCCAUGAAGGCUGAGCUUGAUUCCUUAGAAAGGAACAAAACAUGGGAGCUAGUUCCAGUAGUUCCAGGAAUGAAACUGCUUGGAAGCAAAUGGGUCUUCAAAGCGAAGACAGAUCAAAAUGGCAAGAUAGUCAGACACAAAGCCAGAUUGGUAGCCAGAGGUUUUGCACAGGUACCAGGUGAAGACUAUCACGAGACCUAUUCACCCACAGUGAGAUAUGAAAGCAUUAGGCUUAUGCUCAAGCUAGCUGCAGAGGAAAAUCUACACAUUAGUCACCAUGAUAUUAAUACAGCUUUUCUGUACGGAUCUCUAGAUGAAUCACUUUAUAUGCUUCCACCUGAUGGCGUACAGGUAAAACAGGGAUUUGUUUGUGCUCUGAAGAAAUCCCUUUAUGGUCUCAAACAAAGUGCACGGUGUUGGCACACAAAACUCACUGAAGUAUUGUUUCUCUAGGUUUUCAGCAAGGGAAAGCUGAUCCAUGUGUAUUUGUCAAAGAGGAGGGGCAAAAGAAACUGUACUGUUUGUUUUAUGUUGAUGAUUUAUUAUUCUUUUGGAAAGAUGUCGCAAUGUACAAUAACGCCCUAGCUCAACUGAAAGAGCACUUUGACAUGAAAGAUCUUGGUGAGGUAAACAACUACCUAUCUCUGGAAAUAGAGAGAGAUCAAGAUGGUAACAUUCUAGUACACCAGUCACGGAAAAUUGCUGAUGUGUUAAGCAAACUAAAUCUGAUGGAUGCUAACCCUGUAGACACACCGAUGACAACAGGUUAUCAGGUAGAUGACACUGAAGAAGCAUUUUCUGACACUACACUGUACAGGAGUGUGCUAGGCAAGCUAAACUUCAUUGCCAGAUGUUCAAGACCAGACAUUGCUGUUAGCUGUAAUUUGCUAAGCAGACAAGUCAACAAUCCUAGUGUCAAGGAUUGAAAGCUCUGAAACGCAUAGCGCGGUAUUUGAAAGGCACUAUGCAUUACAGACUGAGAUUUAACAAUCAGAAGUCUGGUGGUCUUGAGAUAUUUGCAGAUGCAAGUUUUGGAAGUGACACUACAGACAGGAAAAGUACGUCUGGAGUUUGCUACAUGUACAAUCAGAGUCUGUUUGAUUGGUCAUGCAAGAAGCAAACAACAGUUAGCUUAAGUACUUGUGAAGCUGAACUGAAUGCACUGUCUUAUUCACUUAAGGAUUGUGAAUGGUUAGUACAAUUGUGCAAAGAUAUGAAAAUUCCUGUCAAAUGUCCAAUCCAGGUUUACCAGGACAACAAAGCAUGUUUGGCUUUGCUGAAGUCUGAAGGUUGUGAGUAAAGCACAAAGCACUUGCAAUUAAAGUUGCAGCAUGCUAGGGAAUGUAUUCAGAAGGGACUCGUAACGGUGUCCUAUAUGCCAGGUAAUGAAAUUCCUGCUGAUGUAUUGUCCAAGAUUGUAUCAAGGGAUCAACACUGUACCUAUGUGCAGAAGUUGGGUUUGUACUGAUAUUGUACAAACACGCUGCCCAGUGAUGUUCACAGAAAGGGGAGGAUGUUGGUUUCUGCUUUCCUUCACUGUGCAGCUACUGCAUGUCACGAGACAGGUGUUUGCAUUCCACAGUCUGUACUGUUGGAGUUUCUCACGGGAAAGGGAGACUGGAUGUGACGUACACUGGUUUCCUGUUUUUCACUGUGUGAUUCUCUCCGAGCUGUCGAGGAGAGAGGAUGCAUUUUCUGCUCCUGCAGAGGCAAGAUGUCUUUCUGUAAUAUACCAGCUUUGAACUGUAAAUAAAGCAAUAUAGAGUAUGUAACACAUUUUCCUCAUCCUUCCGCUGGGCACCAAGACUCUGCUUUAAAUCAACACCCUCGGCCAAUAAAGCGAGAUGAACGCCACAACUCCAGAGUCGGUCACGCCUGGACUUAAUGGUCAGGGGUCCCUUUACCUUUACCACUGUACUUUGAUUAGACCCAUUGGAAUUAUAGAACCUAAAUUAGUUGUGUCUUCAGUGAGUCUGAUCUGAGAGAGCCAAGCAUUGAAUGCAACCCUCUGUGACAUCACAGCAACUUAGCCAAUGGAAGCUCAGGGCUCCGAAAUAAGGAAAUGCCUGUUUUUAACCUGUUGGUGGCAGAUACAGGCUAUCUCUUUGUCUCUCUCUUCUGUGUAUUUUGCAGUGUGUUGGAUGAAAGCUGGACUUUCUCUGAUAUCCACCUCUCCCUCUGUGGACUAAGUGCUGAAGAACAAGCUGUCAGGUGAGCAUGAACAGCACUGAUGCCUAUCAAAAGGUCAUAAAGCUGCCCCUAGGCUGCCACCUGUCUUUCGUUUGCCAAGCUUCUCUGAUUUUUGCACCACAGAAAUCUAGAUUUUACUCUUAAUUUUGCACAACUGAGGAUCAUGUGAAAACAGAUUCUGCCAAAAGGUUCAGAGGCUGUUGGUUCAAAUGCCUGCAUUCUCUUUUUGCUCCCCCACCAGCAAUGAAAUGAAAAGGAUGGUUAGAGGGAUCAAUUAAUAAAGGCUGAUUUAUCUAGGCUUGAGUAACACUAAUUAUUUCUUUGAAAUCCCUCCUUAAAUCUAUGAAAUAAGCAAUUCACACUUAAUGCUCUACAGUGGUACCUCAGGUUACAUACACUUCAGGUUACAUACGCUUCAGGUUACAGACUCUGCUAACCCAGAAAUAGUACCUUGGGUUAAGAACUUUGCUUCAGGAUAAGAACAGAAAUCAUGUCUUUUGGCGUGGCGGCAGCAGGAGGCCCCGUUAGCUAAAGUGGUGCUUCAGGUUAAGAACAGUUUCAGGUUAAGAACGGACCUCCGGAACGAAUUAAGUACUUAACCCGAGGUACCACAGUAAUUUAAACACAGGGGCUUUAUUUUGCUUUAUAGAUUCCACCAUGGGGUGGCCGGGGUGUGUGUGUUGUUGACUCUUAUAAAAAUGGCUUACAAAAUGUCUAAAUCUGAUGCAACUAACUGAAUAUUUGUUGGCACAUGCAAUAAAACUUGGCAGAAAAAAAGGCUUUCUAAAUUCAGGUGUUUUCAGAAUGGGUGCUGUGAUGGAUUUCUGCAUUUGAGGGGCUGUUGCCCAAAACUGUUGGAUUAAAUCUCGCUUUGGGUUUUCCAGCCUUCAUAAGAUGCGAUGCAAUGUAUGUGUGUUCUCCAUGAGCGCCAACCCAAGCCGCUACCUCCGUCAGAAGGGCUGCAAAAUCUAUUUGAUCUGGUUCUCUGUGGCAAGGCCUGAGCUAGGAAGGGGUGUAGAUUAGUUUCUUUUGUUUUGCUCUUCCAUGUUUUUUAAAAAGCAGCGCUUUAUAUCUCUUUGAUGCUGAUGUUUUCUAGUAGCCUCUCAGCUCCCCCAGCCAGGUUGGGUUGGCUAGAAAUGCAAACGGAUGCAACCCUCAGCCCAGUCACGGAACAUCUGGUGACAUUAUGGAUCCUGUGCCAAAACUGACCUGUGCAUUCUCUUCUCUCCUCACCCUCUGCUUGGACAGGAGAAAGAUUUACGGGCGGAACCUGAUCGAUGUACCUGUAAAUUCUUACUUCAGGCUGCUGAGAGAUGAGGUUUGCCUUUAUGGAAAUAAUAAUAAUAAUAACAACAACAACAAUAAUAAUAAUAAUAAUAUAUUAUUUAUACCCCGCCCAUCUGGCUGGGUUUCCCCAGCCACUCUGGGCGGCUUCCAACAAAACACUAAAAUACAAUCACCUAUUAAACAUUAAAAGCUUCCCUAAACAGGGCUGCCUUCAGAUGUCUUCUAAAAGUUUGGUAGUUGUGUUUCUCUUUGACAUCUGGUGGGAGGGCGUUCCACAGGGUGGGUGCCACUACCAAGAAGGCCCUCUGCCUGGUUCCCUGUAACUUGGCUUCUCGCAGUGAGGGAACCGCCAAAAGGCCCUCGGAGCUGGACCUCAGUGUCGGGGCAGAACGAUGGAGGUGGAGACACUCCUUCAGAUAUACUGGACUGAGGCCGUUUCACUCUGGUUUGCUGGGCGUGGGGAGGGGAAGACCUUUUCCUUCCCUGGGAAAAUGGGUCCCUAGACGAGACAAGCUGGCAGUGCCCAUUUGGAUAUACAUUUCUGGUCUGGGGGGUCAUUUGAUAGAGAACGGCCUCCCCUGCCCUCACAGAAUAAACUUCAGUGGGGCAGAAGCUUAGGUUUUGAGGAAGCUGAGCUCCAGUGUGGUGUAGUGGUUGAGAGCGGUAGUCUUGUAAUCUGGGGAACCGGGUUCGCGUCUCUGCUCCUCCACAUGCAGCUGCUGGGUGACCUUGGGCCAGUCACACUUCCUUGAAGUCUCUCAGCCCCACUCACCUCACAGAGUGUUUGUUGUGGGGGAGGAAGGGAAAGGAGAAUGUUAGCCGCUUUGAGACUCCUUAAAGGGAGUGAAAGGCGGGAUAUCAAAUCCAAACUCCUCUUCUUCUUCUUCUUCUUCAGUGUGGUCCACAAAAUGCUUUUAGCUGGGAACCAUCUGGGAGGGUUUCCCCCCUGUGCUGACAGCCACCAGCUCACAGACCGCCCCCCCCCCAGCUUCCUGCGAGUGGCCUUGCAUCUUCUGAUAAACGUUUUAUUAACUCUGCCCUCCCCUUCUGCUGUCCUCCCCACUCCAGGUCUUGAACCCGUUUUACAUCUUCCAGAUUUUCAGCAUCGUCUUGUGGAGCUUCGACGAGUACUAUUAUUAUGCUGCCUGCAUCUUCCUCAUUUCUGCGGUCUCCAUCGGGAUCUCUCUCUACGAGACGAGGAAGGUGGGCUCAGCCUCGGUCGCACAAAGGCAGGGGGGCUGGUGGCCUUGAGUAGGCUUGCCAUAUUUCAAAUCCGGACACAAAGCAUCGUUGAGCUUCUUUUUGGACAAAGUUGUUGGCAAAAUUGAUGUUUUUUGAGCUGUUUUUAAGGGAAACCGUUCCCGUACGUCCAGAUUUUCCCAGACGUCUUGCGGUUUUCUGCCCAGGCACUGUCUGGGAAAUUCUGGUUGUAUGGCAACCCUACAGGCAGCCUCAACCCUGAAGCACAGCCCCCUGCAGUGAGGGGGAGGGGGCUGCCAGGCACUUUUGAAUGGAGCCUCACCCACCAGUGCCUCUCAGGUGUGGUGUUCCAGUGCUAGGCAGCAGCCGUGCUUCCUUGGCUACUAAUUCCCUUGGCAUUACAAUAGGCCGGGCACUUCUUGGGCACAUGGGCAGAGCAGGGGAGGGGACUCCCGUUGAGCUCCAGAGUGAGGUCUGGCGGCUGGCACUAGUCCUCCCUCUCCUGAUACUUUUACCGUCACGCUUGGUCCCUGCAGCAAAGCAUCACCUUGCAGAAGAUGGUGAAGAUGGCAGUCAACCUGCAAAUCCGCAGAGCCUCAGGAGGUAAGCAAGCAGCCGCCGACAGCUUCCCCCAUCCUUGAGGCUGUUCCCUCUUGGCGAUGAGCCCUUGGGAAGGGAAUUCUCCCAUGUUCAGCUCUCUCUAAUCCAGAAUGCUAAUCAACUAAUCCAGAAUGCGGCAGCUAGACUGGUGACUGGGAGCGGCUGCCGAGAUCAUAUAACUCUUAAAAGACCUACACUGGCACCCAGUACAUUUCUGAGCACAAUUCAAAGUGUUGGUGUUGACCUUUAAAGCCCUAAAAGGCUUCCCAGAGUGGCUGGGGAAACCCAGCCAGAUGGGCAGGGUAUAAAUAAUAAAUUAUUAUUAUUAUUAUUAUUAUUAUUAUUAUUAUUAUUAUUAUUAUUAUUAUUUUCUCUCCUUAGCCUUGACCACCCACUUCCUUUGCUCAUCUCUGCCCGUAACGAGUUUGGCCAUUUGUUCUGCUUUCCUUGGUUUCCGCUGUUGUAUAUUUGGUUGAGUUCCUCUGUGUCUCAUCACAGAAUCAUUUCAUACCUCAGCAACCUUUUAAUGUGUUGAGUUUGGGUUUUUCCAUCUCUUGGGAUGACUUCUGGUGGUUCCCUCCCUGCGAGAAGUGAGAUUACAGGGAACCAGGCAGAGGGCCUUCUUGGUGGUGGCGCCCGCCCUGUGGAAGGCCCUCCCAUCAGAUGUCAAGGAAAUAAACAACUAUCUGACUUUUAGAAGACAUCUGAUGUCAGCCCUGUUUAAGGAAGUUUUUAAUGUUUGAUGCUUUAUCACAUUAUUAUUAUUAUUAUUAUUAUUAUUAUUAUUUCUGUUGGGAGCCGCCCAGAGUGGCAGAGGAAACCCAGCCAGAUGGGUGGGGUAUAAAUAAUAAUAAUAAUAAUAAUAAUAAUAAUAAUAAUGCCAAUGGUGAAAAAACAGGAGAGCACCUGACCUUUCUAGAAAUUACUGUAUUUUUCGCUCUAUAGGAUGCACCCGACCAUAAGACGCACCCAGUUUUAGAGGGGGAGAACAAGAAAAAAAAUUCUCUCCCUCUCUGCGCAGCGCCUCUCCAGCAAAGCGGGAGGAGAAACAGAAGGGGCUCCGUUUCUCCUCCCGCUUCGCUGAAGAGGCGCUGUGCAGAGAGGGAAAGCUGUGUAGCGCCUCUCCAAUGAAGCAAAGCCAGGAGAGCAAGAGGGAUCGGUGCACACCGACCCCUCUCACUCUUCAGGCGGCUACCUCUGAAGCCAUGGAGCCUGCAUUCGCUCCGUAAGAUGCACACACACAUUUCCCCUUAAUUUUUGGAGGGGGAAAAGUGCGUCUUAUAGAGCGAAAAAUACGGUAUCCCUUUAGCUCUAGUUGCAGCCUCCCCGCCUGCUUUUUUUUCCUUUUUAAAACUUGUGAGAACUCUUGCCUUCUUCCUUCCCGGAGAGGUGUGACCCGUUUUCUCUUUUGGUGGCUGGUGGUGUUGAACAGAGAUAGUGACAGUGAGCUCCAUGGACCUGGUGCCAGGCGACUGCAUUGUCGUGCCCAUGGAUGGACUUCAGGUCCCGUGCGAUGCCGCCUUGCUGACGGGCGAGUGCCUGGUGAACGAGAGCAUGUUGACCGGUGAGGACAGAGCAGGGUGCUGGCUGGGGGAUGAGCUGCUUUAGGGCCUGCCACUGGGCUUGGCUGGGUGUUGGCCAUUCAUCCUCAGUGGGCCUCUUUCCCUCCAGGCGAGAGCAUCCCAGUGAUGAAGACCUCUUUGCCCGAAGGCCCCCAAGCGACCAGCACUGUGUAUUCCCCUGAGGAACACAAGCGUCACACGCUGUUCUGCGGAACGCAGGUCAUCCAGGCAAGACCGUACGUGGGCCCUGAGGUUCUGGCAGUGGUCACUCGCACAGGUCAGCUUAAUGAAGCACAGAGCGGAUUUGAUUUAAAUCAAAUCCAAUUAUUAUUAUUUUUUUAAAUGAUAUUUAUUAAAGUUACAAAAAAUAGAAGCAAUACAAAAUACAGAAAAAAAGAGUAAUUUUUUUAAAAAUAUAACAAAAAAGUAAAGAAUAAAAAAGAAACAAACAAAAUAAAACAGUUAAAAAGACAUUAAUUUUCCAAACCUAUCUUCUCUAGACUUAUUUCCCCGGACCUCCUCAUACCUCCCUUUUUUGUAUUCCAGUUCAGUUUGUUAGUUCAGCAAAUCCUUACCAUUAAACUUUUGCCCAAUUGUAAGCCUUUUUUCAUAUCUCUUAGAGCAUUACAGCUAAAAAACUCUUAGUUUCUAUCCAACAUCCUUCUAAGAUUCCUUAAUUUUACAAUAUUUCUGUAAAUAGUCUUUAAAUUUCUUCCAGUCUUCUUUCACCGGCUCUUCUCCCUGGUCUCGGAUUCUGCCAGUCAUUUAAAUCAAAUCCAAUUAAAUCAAAUUGAUUUAAAACACUGUUAGGUUGUGGGUGAACAUAUCGGACGACACAGCAAUUCUUCAAACAGCUCUUGUUUAUUCACAGACCAGAACAGAACUGAACUGAACUGAAGGGUUCAGCCAACCUGCUUAUAUAGAGCUCCAGUACAAUGUAACUGUAACAAUUUUCUAAAACUAUCCAAUCACUGAACGUCACUUUCGAUCCCUUAUUUGCAUAACUAUCUACAGUAUCCCCCUGCUGGCCCAGGGUGAGAACUUCAGUACAUAACAAGCACGAUUUAAAUCACUAGUCAGUAAGACUUGAUUUAAAUAUUUUUUUUACAGAAAGACUCGUUCUUGCUGGUAUAAUCUUAAUACAGUCAUACCUCGUGUUGCGUUAGGUUCAUGUUGCGUCUUUUCAGCUUGCAAACGCGGCAAACCCAGAAGUGUAUACUUCCAGGUUUCAGCACAUGCGCAGAAGCGUUUUGCACAUGCGCAGAGGCGCUCUAUCAUGCUCCGUGCUUGCACAGAAGCGCCGCUCUAGUUGCAGACGUUUCGGAGUGCAAACGGCACCCCGAAAUGGAUCAUGUCCGCAACUAGAUCAUGUACCACUGCAUUUACAACCAGAUUAAGGUUUCAUUAUUCGAAUAAUAAACAAUUUUUAGAGUAGUUUUUACAGUUCUAUCAACAUUUCUGAUUUGGGUAUACUGUUAGAAGUACAUAGAUAGAAAAUUAUGAAAUUAUUGUGAGGUUUAAUAAGUUAACAUUUGGACAACUUUUCUGCUGUACUUUAUUGGAAGGAGAAAAACCAUCAUUUCCUUAAUAACAAUAACAUUAUAGCAUACGUAUCCAUGUUUGUUAACUGAUGUGGUUAAACAAUUUUUUUUAAAAACCACACCCUUAGACUUAAACUUAAAACAAAUGCUUAUUUCCUGAUGAAUAGCCUUUGGACUGUACUGUAACUUAAAUAGAAAACUAUAUUUAGAAAGAUUUUUCCUCCAAAAGCAUUUUAUUUUUAUUUUUAUUUAUUUAUUUUAAGAUAUAAACUUUAUUGAUUUAACAUAUCAUCUUACAAAUACACUACAAAUGGUUACAGCGAAGAAUGAAGAAAAUAAAAAUAAAAAGAGUUAAUAAUAAGAAAAGAAUAUCAGUUAUAGCAUCAUAAUAAAGCAUUUUAUUUUAAAAAUCCUAUCUAAAUAAAAAAAAUCUGAUUUAAAUUUUAAAAAAUCAUUUUUUUAAUUAAAAAAACCCUGUUUUUUUUAAAAAAAAAAACAUUGAUUUUUAUUUACCUUCAUGAAGCGGGAUGUGCGUUCCAUCCCACCCCCAGUUUUAGUCCCUUGGCUGAAGGUGCUGAGCAUCUUUUGGACAGCAAUCUGCUUAGCUACUCUCUGUGUUCCUGGAGUGCCCUUACUCUCCUGCGGCUGAGAUGGCAUUUUCUGAAACUGCAGCCUCAUGGUCUCUGCCCCCUGCACACUCACAAGGGGGGGAAGGCCCCCAGGGCAAAGCGAUUCUGAGCCUGCAGUGAGGGCCUCCUGCCCAUGGGUUGGCUCUGCUCCCUGCCAGAGACCUGGGACUGUGGCUGCUGCUUUGAUCCCUCAAGGUUUGCUGCUGCUGCUGCGGCACUUUCUUUUUUUUUAAAUGAUAUUUAUUAAAGUUUCAGAUAAAAAGAGACACAUCGAUAAAAAAGAAUUUAACAGUAAAAAGAAAAAUACACACUACAAAAUACAAAAAUAAAAAGAAAAAAAAACAGUUAAAAACAAUUCCAUCUUUUCAUCACUACUUUUGAAUUUACUUAUUUUCUGGACCUCCUCAUACCUCCCUCUUUUGUAUUCCAAUUCAGUUUAUUUGUCCAGCAAUUCCUUUCCCUCUUUUUUAAUCCCAAUCCUUAAUCUUAAUAUAGUAGACAUUAAAUUUUUAUCUAUUAAUAGCCAAUUUUCCAUUCUUUUAACCUUUUUAUUCCUAAUCCUUAAUCUUAAUCUAUAUAUAACUUUAAAGCCUGUGCAGCUAGAAACCAUUUAAUUUCAAUCCAACAUCACUCUAACAUUCAUUAAUUUUGCAAUAUUUCUGUAAAUAAUCUUUGAAUUUCUUCCAAUCUUCUUCCACCAAGGCACUUUGAACUUUUCCCUCGGCACAUUUUGGGGUUCUGCCCGCCUCACCCCCUUCCCCUCCUCUCUCUCUCUAGGCUUCUACACAGCCAAAGGAGACCUCAUCAGCUCCAUCCUUCACCCCAAGCCACUCAGCUUUCGGUUUUAUAAAGACGCAUGGAAGUUUGUUGGUUUUCUCACAGUCCUGGGUAAGUUUGUGAAGAUGUCAGCCCGCAGUUUGGCAGCCAUGGAAAAGGCAAACUUCAUGCCCCCAGGGAUCGUGAGGGAGGAAAAAAUUGAAAACAAAACUGCUAGUGUCAUAAUGCCACAAAUCUAUGGUGUGGUUGCCUUAGGAGUUCUGUGUGCAGUUAUGGUCACCGCACCUCACAAAGGAUAUAAUAAUAAUAAUAAUAAUAAUAAUAAUAAUAAUAAUAUUUUAUUUAUAUCCUGGCCAGAGAUGGGCUCAGGGCAGCUAACACCAGUAAAAUUACAAUAAAAACAUAAAGGGGGGGAACCAAUUUAAAAUACAGGUUAAAAUACAAUUUAAAAUGCAGCCUCAUUUUAAUAGUAGCCCAUAGAGCAAAACCAUAAGGGGAGGGAAACAUAAGGGUCAGACUGAGUCCAAACCAAAGGCCAGGCCAGGCGGAACUGCUCUGUCUUGCAGGCCCUGCGGAAAGAUGUCAAGUUCCGCAGGGCCCUAGUCUCUUGUGACAGAGCGUUCUACCAAGUCAGGGGCCAGUACUGAAAAGGCCCUGGCCUUAGUUGAUACUUCACUGUUGGGAAAGGUUCCGCAAAAGGGCAACGAAAGCAAUCAAGGGGGUGGAGUGGCUACCCUAUGAGGAAUGUUGCGAUGUUUGGGGACUUUCUAGUUUAGGGGAAAGGUGAGUAAGAGGUGUUGUGAUAGAAAUUUAUGCAAUUAUGUACAGCAUAGUAUUGGGAAAUGAUACAUAAUGAAUUGAAAAAAAUGUUCAAAAGUACUUUCUCAAAAAUCAACAACAACACACAACCCAGAGUCCUUUAUGUUGGGAAUAAUCCAGACUGAAAUUCCCAGGUGUCAGAAAAGGUUAUUCAUGUAUGCCACUACUGCGGCCUGUGUUUUCUUAGCUCCAAAAUGGAAAAUGAGCAAGGUCCCAACCAAAGAAGAAUGGCAACUUAAGUUGACAGAAUAUGUGCAGCUUGCAGACUUAACAUAUAGAAUAAGAGAACAAGAAGAACAUACAUUUAGAGAAGACUGGAAAACAUUUAUUGAAUGUACGGGAAAUAGCUGUGUACAGCUGAAAACGCUAGCAGCAUUAAGAUAAAUUCAACAGUGUGGAUAAGUUUUGAUGGAUGCAAUAACGGAAUACUGAAUGGUACGGUUUUUGUAAAAUAUGCAGGGAUUUAUGAUAUGCAAAAUGAACCAUGGAAAGAGAAGAAGGGAGGUCAUUGAUAUCUUAAGGAUGUAAAAAUGAGUACUUUAAAUUGUAUAACAGAAAAUCUAAUAAGAAUUAAAUGAAUGAAUGAUAAAAUUAUGCACAGCAUGCAGAAAUGUGGAUAGGAAAAAGUUUCCCUCUCUCCCAUAAUGCUAGAAUUCAGGGUUACUGUGGGAUUAUUCCCUAUUGUGGGAUUGUGACAGUCAAAUCUCCUUUCUCUCUCCUUUGUCCUCCAGCGGCUAUUGGUACCGGCUACAGCAUCUACAUCUUGUAUCGAAACAAGGUCAGUGAAGUUCCACGGGGUGUGUGUGUGUGAGGGUUCUUCUGAGCCCCCCAUCCUGCACCCCUAUUCCCCAAAUUGAGAGGUGCUUCUCACAAUUUAAGAGAGUUGUGCCUGACAAUUGUGUCAGAGCAAGCCACCGCCCAUGGAGGCCUACUGGACCCCACAACCCUUUGCACUUUGAACCCGGCUUUUCUGGCCAGCCUGCCAGGAAAGGCACCCUUUGGGUGUUUUGCUUUGCUUGUUUUAGCUGCACUUUUGCUGUGGACCUUAGCCCAACGAGGGGUUUAAGGCAGUUCCCAGGAACUCCUGAAAACCUCACCAAAGCAAUAGGAGUAUAGCAUCUAGAUCAAGGGAAGUAAUAGUGCCACUGUAUUCUGCUCUGGUCAGACCUCACCUGGAGUACUGUGUCCAGUUCUGGGCACCACAGUUCAAGAAGGACACUGACAAACUGGAACGUGUCCAGAGGAGGGCAACCAAAAUGGUCAAAGGCCUGGAAACGAUGCCUUAUGAGGAACGGCUAAGAGAGCUGGGCAUGUUUAGCCUGGAGAAGAGGAGGUUAAGGGGUGAUAUGAUAGCCAUGUUCAAAUAUAUAAAAGGAUGUCACAUAGAGGAGGGAGAAAGGUUGUUUUCUGCUGCUCCAGAGAAGCGGACACGGAGCAAUGGAUCCAAAGUACAAGAAAGAAGAUUCCACCUAAACAUUAGGAAGAACUUCCUGACAGUAAGAGCUGUUCGACAGUGGAAUUUGCUGCCAAGGAGUGUGGUGGAGUCUCCUUCUUUGGAGGUCUUUAAGCAGAGGCUUGACAACCAUAUGUCAGGAGUGCUCUGAUGGUGUUUUCUGCUUGGCAGGGGGUUGGACUCGAUGGCCCUUGUGGUCUCUUCCAACUCUAUGAUUCUAUGAUUCUAUGAUUCUAUGAAAGCAUGGGGAGAAGGAGCCACGGGGAAUACCAGCCAAGCACAAACAAGCAAGUCAUUGGCUCAUUUUGAUUCAUGUAAUAAUAAUAAUAAUAAUAAUAAUAAUAAUAAUAAUAAUAAUUUAUUAUUUAUACCCCGCCCAUCUGGCUGGGCCUCACCAGCCACUCUGGGCGGCUUCCAACAAAAUAUUAAAAUACCGUAAUACAUCAGACAUUAAAAGCUUCCCUAAACAGGGCGGCCUUCAGAUGUCUUCUAAAAGUCUGGUAGUUGUUGUUCUCUGGUGGGAGGGUGUUCCACAGGGUGGGUGCCACUACCGAGAAGGCCCUCUGCCUGGCUCUCUGUAACGUCGCUUCUUGCAGUGAGGGAACUGCCAGAAGGCCCUCGGCGCUGGACCUCAGUGUCCGGGUAGAACGAUGGGGGUGGAGACGCUCCUUCAGAUAUACUGGACCGAGGCCAGCAGCAAGGCAGUGGAAUUUAAAAAUUCCUGGGCACCAGGUGAAGGAGCCUGGCGUAAUGAAACUUUGCAAACCUGGGGAGAGAACCAGGAAGGAAAUGAAAAAACGGCAUACCAGGGAGAGCUCUCCUAGCAAGAGGAAGUGACAUCACUGGGGGGGGGUCACAAAGGCUCCCCAAGGGGAGACCCUGGGAGGGCUCAAAUGGGAAGAAUCCCAUUCCUAGAGUGUUAAUAGGGCUGCCAGUAUCGUGCCCAACACUCUGAAUUGUUGCUGGUUGAGAAUGAUAUUCCCCAUGGGAAGAACGCUUGGGCAUGGGAUGGUUCCUGUGAAGGUGUUCCCAGGAGUCCUUCCAUCUUGUCUGGCCAAUAACACACACACACUUCAAAAAGAGAAGAAUAGUCUCCUUGGAUGUCUCAGAACCAGGCAGCACCCUUUUGUGGAGCGGGGUCAGGCCUCAUCCGUGCAGCUGAUGUCGCAUUUCGGAUAUUGCAGGGAACCCUUCAGGUGUGGAGAACCUGGCUGCUGGUGAACCAUGGGGGCUUCUUGAGGCGGCUGCAGAAGGCGUUGCCUGCAGAAGGUCGCCGGUUCAAUUCCCAGCAGCAUCUCCAAGUAGGGCCACUGCUGCCAGCCAGUGUAGGAAGUAUUGAGCUACGUGGCCAAGGGGCUGACCCAGGGCAAGGCAGCUCCCCCAUGACUCCCUGCAUCCUUCACCCCAACAGGAAACACUCCGGCAGAUCAUUCUGCGUGCCCUGGAUGUCGUGACGGUGAUUGUGCCCCCGGCCUUGCCGGCUGCGAUGACGGUGGGCACCAUUUAUGCCCAGAACAGGCUGAAGCAGCAAGGGAUCUUCUGCAUCAGCCCCCCACGGAUCAACCUCUGUGGGAAGGUGCGCCUGGUCUGCUUUGAUAAGGUGAGGGUCCUAGGGCAGUGGGGGAGUGGGCUGCUAACCUCACCUGCCUGUUGCCUUGCCCAUGCUCUGACUCAGCCUGUGUCUCCCCUAGACAGGGACCCUCACGGAGGACGGCCUGGACAUUUGGGGCGUGGUUCCCCUGGAGAACGGCUCUUUCUUGCCCCUCGUCCAUGAGCUGCACUGCUUGGACAGCGGUCCGCUGCUCUGCUGCUUGGCCACUUGCCACACCCUCUCUUGGCUUGGGGAGCAGCUCAUUGGAGACCCUGUGGACCUCAAGCUGCUGGAAUCCACUGGAUGGGUGAGAGAAAGGCAGAGGUGGGAAGGGGAACCGAUCUGAGCUCUGCUCUGCUGAGGAAACGGCACUGAGUUUCUGACUACAGUGAGCCAUGUUUGCAAGAGCAAAAGGAGGGGCUGGAUCUUGUCACCCCAGCUGAGGAACGGGAGGCCGCAGCUCAGCUGGAGGAGACAGAAGGGAGGCCAGCCCCAACGCUGGGAUACGCAGCCAUUGUGGCGAAUGAUGAUGAUUCUAGGCCCGUUUCCAGUCUGGCGUCUUUCAUGGUUGCUGUUUUAAAGGGAACUUGGAUUGUAGAAGGGACGCGGGUGGCGCUCUGUGUUAAACCACAGAGCCUAGGACUUGCUGAUCAGAAGGUCGGCAGUUCGAAUCCCCGCAACGGGGUGAGCUCCCGUUGCUCGGUCCCAGCUCCUGCCCACAUAGCAGUUCGAAAGCACGUCAAAGUGCAAGUAGAUAAAUAGGUACUGCUCUGGCGGGAAGGUAAACGGCGUUUCCGUGCGCUGCUCUGGUUCGCCAGAAGCGGCUUAGUUAUGCUGGCUACUUGACUCGGAAGCUGUAUGCCGGCUCCCUUGGCCAGUAAAGCGAGAUGAGCGCCGCAACCCCAGAGUCGGUCACAACUGAACCUAAUGGGCAGGGGUCCCUUUACCUUUACCUGGAUUGUAGAGGUGGAGGAAGACCUCUCUGUCCAUUCAGACCUUGGGGAACCAGAGCUGAUGUCAGGAGUUGGGACCUUCUUAGUCUCCUUCCUCCUGUUAGGCUGCUUUCCUUUGUGGCUGCCUCCCUUGGUUGAAAUUUAGAGGGUCAUCUCCCUGGGGGGCAGCGGCCCUGUUAUAAUGGCAGUGGUGAUAACAAGGGUCUAGAUGUGCCCAGUGAUCUGACAAUGCAAGGUGGGCACCCCAGGCUGGGGGCAACGGAGGGGGAGCCUCUGCUUCCUCUAAUGCCUUCCUUCCUUCCAGAGCCAGGAGGAAACUGAAGGGGACGCAGCAGAGGCACAAGCGACCCAGCUUUUUGGGACCAGAGCCCUGGCGGUGAUGAGGCCUCCACCAGUGGUAGAGCAGCUUCAUGGCAAGGUGAGUGCCACCGUCUGGUUCACGGGCGAUCGAAGUCCCGGCUGGGGACAUCGGGAUCGGGGGCAAGAUGGUGGGGUGGGAGCAGGAACGGGAGUCCAAAAGCCAGGAGUCAGGAAGCCAAGAGUCCGAGGGUCAGAGAGCUGGGAGUCAAGAAGCCAAGGGUCCGAGGGUCAGGAAGCAAGAAGUCGAGGGUCCGAGGAUCAAGGAACCAAAUGCAGCAAGGCAGGGAACGUGUUGCUGUGGCAAAGAGCUGAAGGGAAAUGCUGACCUUAUAUCCCUUCCCAGCUCUUGCCACCAGGUGCUGUGAGUUACCAAUCGGCCUCACCUGUGAGGCCGCACCUUGCCCCUUCAGAACAAACUUAGGAAGGCCCCAGUCCUGGUCACAGGGCCUGGCUCCUGCACGCACACCUGACAGUGAGGCUGUGGGGCAUUUGCCUGCAAAUAGCUGUAGAGUGUUGUGGAACAGCUCACAUCACCCCCUUGCAGUGCUGGAGGGUGUUUGGUCCCAUGGGAGAACAGGACCUGGGCCCCUUUCCCUCAUCAGCCCUCCCUUCCCAAUGUAUGCUGUGAUGGCAGCACUAAAAAGUGAGCUUGCAGGGUGGAAGACUCCGGCUUCUCUACCCUCCCCCUUGCCAAGAGACCAUUCUGCUAUUCUGUGUCCGACUCAGGAACACCCGGCGCCUGUGGCUAUUCUCCGCCGCUUCCCGUUUUCCUCAGCCCUGCAGCGAAUGAGUGUUCUGGUGAAGCCCACCGGCAGGGGGCCUUCGCAGGCGUAUAUGAAGGGGUCUCCAGAGAUGGUGGCCAGCCUCUGUGAUAAGGAAUCGGGUCAGUCUACACGUCCUUUCUGGUAUUGGCUAACUUGGCUCUUCCUUCUCACCAGGUGUAACUACCUAUCUGCUCUCUACUAACCCGCAUACAGUACUUGGUUUCUCUUCUUCCUGGGUGUCGUGCCACUUCUAUUUUUGCUGGAGCCAUUGGGGGUCCAGGGAGGGGCGUGUUGGGCCCAGGAACACCCACGAGCAUCUCCUGAGUAGCUGAGCAGUGAUGGGGUGCUUAGCAUCACUUUGAUGAUGGAGGAAGGUGUAGGAAUAACGGAGGAUGACAGGAGGUUGAAAAAAUGAGGAAACACAUUGUACAGUUUGCAGUAAGUUGGGCAAAGAUAUGACAGCAAAUAAUGAGUCUAAUGUCUCUGGUUGUUCAGGCUCGAGAGGGCUGAUGUUGUCUGGCGGCAACAAGGGCUUUGGUGUCACCCCAAGUGACUAGACGUGGUUCUUUCCUGGUCUGCACUUGGCGGCACUAUGUCUCCCUCGGGUGGUGCUUUACUGGCAUCUCCUGUAGGGUUAGUUGGAAGUCUGGAGUUGGAUUGGUCAGGUCCUGAUGCCAGGCCAUGCUGGACAGCGGAUUGGACUGCUGACCGCACACUCGGAACUGGAACUCACAACGGACCUGUGGGGUUAAAAUAAUAGCCUAGCCCUGCCCCCAGGCGAUCAGGGCCACAGAGCCACGUCACUCCAGAUCCGGUAGCUGUUGACAAAAUAGGUUGUUAAGGUCAAAGUCCUUGGAUUGGCAGAUGUGCCUGUCUGCUGGUGCAAGUUGAUCUGAAUUAGAAGCCAGAUGGUUAAUUGAAAACAACAAAGUGUUUAAUUUACACUGAAAUUGCCUAGGGUCCUGCAGAAGGAGGCUGGAUCCUCCAAGGGGUGGGGAAAGGAACCCUCAGCAGCCAUCUUCGGCAUGUGGGGCUGUUGGGAGAGGUCUUCCUUUUGCAGCAUUGCAUUGCUAAACCAACCAACCCCCUCUCUUGGCAUUGCAGUCCCUGCGGAUUUCACCCAGACUUUGCGCCAUUUCACCAGCGACGGGUUCCGGGUCCUUGGGCUGGCUUUCAAGCCCCUCGCUGCCAUUGGGACAUUCGAAGAGGCCCAGGACAUGACAAGGUGCCUGGGAACCUGGCAGCGGCUUCCUCUCCAGCCUGGGCUCCCCUGCUCUGCCCAGAGGUCCACUGAUAACGGGGGUUUCUCCUUGGGCCGGCAGGGACGAUGUGGAGAGCGGGAUGGUCUUCCUGGGGUUCCUGGUGAUGAAGAACGUUCUUAAGCCUGAGACUGCUCCAGUGAUCCACUUAUUGCACAAUGCAGACAUCCGAACUGUGAUGGUCACAGGUAUCAGAUGGGGAGGAGGGCGGGGGAUGCCCAUUUCUCUCUGUGUUUCACAUUUGUUGCCAUCUAGGUGUGGUGACGCGGGUGGCGCUGUGGGUUAAACCACAGAGCCUAGGACUUGCCGAUCAGCAGGUCGGCAGUUCGAAUCCCCGCGAUGGGGUGAGCUCCCGUUGCUUGGUCCCUGCUCCUGCCAACCUAGCAGUUCGAAAGCACAUCAAGUGCAAGUAGAUAAAUAGGUACCACUCUGGCGGGAAGGUAAACGGCGUUUCUGUGCGCUGCUCUGGUUCACCAGAAGCGGUUUACUCAUGCUGGCCACAUGACCCGGAAGCUGUAUGCCGGCUCCCUUGGCCAAUAAAGUGAGAUGAGCGCCACAACCCCAGAGUUGGUCAUGACUGGACCUAAUGGUCAGGGGUCCCUUUACCUUUACCUUAAGUGUGGUGAAGUCCAGCACCUCUGUUCCUCUCCCUCUUCUCCCCACCAGGAGACAACAUGCUGACUGCUGUGAAUGUGGCCAGGAGCUGCCGGAUGGUGAAUGCCAAGGAACGGGUUCUCUUCGUCCACGCCGCCCCUCCUCGCGGCCGGGAUGAGCCGGCUGCCCUCAGAUUCGUCCCUUCUGAGCAUCACCUGGAGCAGCCCGAUGCAAGUCCUUCCCUACCCAAACUUCCUCUGUGGGCACCCUGGCACAGCAAGUGCCCUCGUGGCUUCCAGGGAGGUGGCACGCCCAGGCUGCUUCUAGGAUUUGGGAGGGGGAGAGGUGGGGAAUGCCACCUUAAAAGCUCCUGGGGCAUCUUGCCCAAUGUGGUCACCCAGGCCAGCUCUGCCCGUCCAUGAAAAGAGCUGAGCUUGACCAGCUAUGGGGCACCUGAUGCCAGUUUUCCUUAGAGAGACCUCGCUCCACUUUGCUCCCUUCCUGGUUGCUGGCCUGCUGUGCAUCUUGCAGUCAGUGGGGUUGCAGUGCCCACCUCCUCCCUCUCUGUGCCAGCUGCAACCUUUCCGUCACAUUCCUGCCCGGCCUUGAGACCAGCCCAGGCACUGGGGCAAGGCUUGGGAAGGUAGGGGCAUUGGGAAGAGGCCUGAAUAUCAACUGCUGGGUUUUUGCAGGGUUCGUACCAACGGGAGAGCUACUUCCUGGAGCAGCAGCACCCGUACCACUUGGCCGUCAAUGGGCAAUCCUUCGCGGUGCUUUGCGAUCACUUUCCGGACCUCCUGCCGAAGGUAAUGCUGGAUGCAGGAGCCGUGCAGGAUGAGAGGCAGAGCUUACUGCUGUUGCUGCUUCUGCCCAGCUGUCCAUCCCCCCAAACCUCACCCCAUCCUCUGGCAAAGGGCUUUCUCUGCUUACAGUUCCUAGAUGCGCUGAAUAAAUGCAAGUCUGUAGGAGAAAGACUGCAUAGCUCAGUGGUUAGAGCACCUGCUUUGCAUGCAGAAGGUCUCAGGUUCAAUCUCCAACUAGCGUCUCCAUAUAGGGCUGGGAUCAGUGGGGUGCAGUGAAAUUUUUGUAGGGGAACAGCUUGCGAGGGCAACUGGGGUGUGGGUGAUAUCCUGCAUGCUAGCAUCAGGCCUCCCUCACAAACCCAGGCAGAAGCUUCCCAGGGUUUUGGAAGGAGUGGCUAGGCCUCUGACAGGAUGCUAGAGCCCUGCUGAAUCCUCCCCAAAGUUGGGCAGGCUUUGGGGAGGGGGAAGGAGGGCUUUUGGACCCUGUCAAAGCCUUGCUGCUCCUUCCCUAAGCCGGGCAGAAGCUUCCCAGGCUUCGGGAAGGAGGCACCAGGCUUUAAUGCUUUAUUUAUUUAUUUUUUUAAAAAAAAUAAUAUUUAUUAGAGUUUCAAAGGAAAAAAGAAUCACAUUAAAAAAAAAAAUUAACAAUAACAAGGAAAAAUACAAAGUAAAAAAAGAAAGAAAAAGCAGUUAAAAACAAUUCCAUCUUUUCCUCACUUCUUUUACAUUUACUUGUUUCCUGGACCUCCUCAUACCUCCCUCUUUUGUAUUCCAAUUCAAUUUGUUAAUCCAACAAUUCCUUUCCCUCCUUUUUAAUCCUAAUCCUUAAUCUUGAUAUAUUGUAACAUUAGAUUUUUACGCAUUAAAAACCAAUUUUUCCAUAUUCUUUGUACCUAUAUAGCUAGAAGCCACUUAACUUCAAUCCAACAUCAUUCUAACAUUCAUUAAUUUUACAAUAUUUCUGUAAAUAGUCUUUGAAUUUCUUCCAAUCUUCUUCCACCGACUCUUCUCCCUGGUCACGGAUUCUGCCAGUCAUUUCUGCCAAUUCCAUAUAGUCCAUUAAUUUCAUCUGCCAUUCCUCCAGUGUGGGUAAAUCUUGUGUCUUCCAAUACUUUGCGGGCUGGCUUUAAUGCUUUAAUACUCUCAUUUAUUGGCAACAUUAAGGGGGCUAGCUUAGUCCCCCUAGUCCAAUGCCCACACACCACUGGCUGGGAGGGACCCUUGCCUAAAACCCUGGAGGGAGCAACUGCCAGUCAGUGUAGGCAGUAUUGAGCCAGAUGGACCCAGUGGUCUGAUGUGGUAUAAGGCAGCUUUCUUUGUUCCUGUGUAAGUCCUCAAAGAUCAGAAGCCCUCAGGGACAAUCUCCAGGGGAAAAGGGUCCGGUAGCAGGAGGAGGCGAAGACCCCUCCUCUGCCCCAAUGCACCCACCAAGAGCCAUGACAGCGGGACCCGGUUCAAAAGUCCUGACCCUUCUCUGCACCUCAUGGGGGCGUCUCUUCAAAGCUGGCACGAUCGCUUGCUAUUGUUGAUGAUUAUUCAUCAGUAAGGUGAUUGAUUGGCUUCUUGUGCCACCUCUUAGAGCUGAUGAAUGUUCGCAGGGACGUUAAAGGGUGCUACAUUCACCAGACUCUUAUGUGGCAUCACGUGCAAUGCUGCUGCGGGGAGUAGCAUUGCUCCCCAAAAUCAGAUGCCCCAGAACUUUCCCUUGGCUGGGGAGGAGGAGAGGGGCGUUAAACAAAAUUGGCCAGAAAUCCACACGUGUCAAUUAAAGAUGGCCGAUUCUUUGCGCCGCAAGCGCCCCCUAGCCCAGGAAACAAGGAAGGUGCCUUAUUCCAAGUCUAUCCAGCCUCCGGCUCCCAUCAGCCUCUGCCAGCCCAUCCAGUGGCCAAGAAUGAUGGAAACUGUAGUCAGCAUCUUGUGGAGGGUUUCAAGUUCCCCAAUCCUGGUUCAGCAUCUCCCCAGUAGGGAGGGGAAUUUCCCAGUCUCACCAGCAGGUGUUGCCAAGGAACUUUUGCACACAAAGCCCAAGAGCUGCAGACCGCCAUUCCUCAGAGGAGGCCCUGCCAUCCCACUAAGUGAUCCCCCCUCCUUGUGUGAGCUGCCUUGGAUGUAUUGUGAUUCUCGAGGCAGUGGCAGCUCUGAAACGGAUUCUAGAGAGCCAGUGUGGUGUAGUGGUUAAGACCGGUGGACUCGUAAUCGGGUGAACCGGGUUCGCUUCCCCGCUCCUCCACAUGCAGCUGCUGGGUGACCUUGGGCUAGUCACACUUCUCUGAAGUCUCACAGCCCCACUCACCUCACAGAGUGUUUGUUGUGGGGGAGGAAGGGAAAGGAGAUUGUUAGCUGCUUUGAGAAUCCUUCGGGAAGUGAUAAAGCGGGAUACCAAAUCCAAAUUCUUCUUCUUCUUUCUCUGCCUUCUGCAGAUACUGGUCCGGGCCACCAUUUUUGCCCGGAUGUCGCCCGACCAGAAAACUCUCCUGGUCCAGAACUUGCGAGACCUGAAGUAAGUCUGUGGCAUUUUUAGGGGGGACGCUCCACCGCCCACCCCACUGCCGGGAUAUUGUGGGGGGAGUCGCAAAGGUGUGUGAUGGGCGAGGGAUUUGUUCCAGAACCGCAGGAAGAGAUGGCUUUCUCACUUCUGUGGGCGAAAGCAAUGGAAAUCCUUACGGACAGAGGGAAGAACCUUGAACUAUGGCUGCGGGGCUGCCAUUGCUCCAGACACUUUGGCUUUCCUCGUUGAUAAAGUUGGAGAGAAGGGGGUGGGUUUGGUGGGGGGUAGCGGGUGUUGGGAAGAAUUGACACCAGCGCCUUCCAGCGUGUUGGCCCCUGGUGGAAGCGGGGAAAUGAGGCUCCAACUCUCCUCUCCCAUGUGUCGGUUCACAGCUACUGCGUGGGGAUGUGUGGGGAUGGUGCCAACGACUGUGGAGCUCUGAAGGCGGCCGAUGUGGGCAUCUCGCUCUCCGAAGCAGAAGCCUCCGUGGCGUCGCCAUUCACUUCCAAGAUAGCCAACAUCGAGUGUGUCCCCAUCGCCAUCCGGUAGGUCUGGGGAGAAUCGACCUUUCUGGGACGCUGAGCUUGUAGUAGAUGAUCCUCUUUCCCACCAUCGUCUCAAAAAAUGUAGCUCCUCCUCUUUAAUUGGAACUAGAAAUAUUUUGGGGGGGCUCCUCUAAAAGAGCAGGGAACGCGGGUGGCGCUGUGGUCUAAACCACUGAGCCUAGGGCUUGCCGAUCAGAAGAUCAGCGGUUCGAAUCCCUGCAACGGGGUGAGCUCCCAUUGCUCGGUCCCAGCUCCUGCCAACCUAGCAGUUCGAAAGCACCUCAAAGUGCAAGUAGAUAAAUAGGUACCGCUCCGGCGGGAAGGUAAAUGGCUUUUCCGUGCACUGCUCUGGUUUUGCCAGAAGCGGCUUAGUCAUGUUGGCCACAUGACUUGGAAAAACUGUCUGCGGACAAACGUCGAUUCCCUUGGCCAAUAAAGCCAGAUGAGCGCCGCAACCCCAGAGUGGUUCGCGACUGCACUUAACUGUCAGGGGUCCUUUACCUUUAUCUUAAAGAGCAAGAGAGGUGCUUUUGGAAAAUCAGUUAUUUCCCUUAAAAAAAAAAAGUUGUGAACUUAGUGGCAUGGACUUCACACAUGCUAGCCACUAUGGUAAAUUUUGAUGAAAAUACCUUGUAAGAACAGCAGUUGGCAGAAAGGGAAAAGUUUGUCCCUUACAGAAGCAAACCCUUCUGAGUCUUCCUGCCCACGUGCAUCACUACCUCCUUAAAACACAAAAGAAACCUCAGGGUGGGUGUCCCAAGUUUUGGGCCCCUGAUUUGUGUGGGAUCUCAUUAGAAUUGAUGUGCAUGCAGUAUUGGGGGGGCGCCCUUUAUAUCUAAGUAAGGUGGCGCUGUGGGUUAAACCACAGAGCCUAGGGCUUGUCAAUCAGAAGGUUGGCAGUUCGAAUCCCCGUGACGGGGUGAGCUCCCGUUGCUCGGUCCCUGCUCCUGCCAACCUAGCAGUUCGAAAGCACAUCAAAGUGCAAGUAGAUAAAUAGGUACCGCUCCGGCGGGAAGGUAACCGGCGUUUCAGUACGCUGCUCUGGUUCACCAGAAGCGGCUUAAUCAUGCUGGCCACAUGACCUGGAAGCUCCCUCGGCCAAUAAAGCGAGAUGAGCGCCGCAACACCAGAGUCGGCCACGACUGGACCUAAUGGUCAGGGGUCCGGUCCCUUUACCUUUAAGGAAAUGCAGGCAGGGGAAGAAGCUGAAGCCACAACAGGGCACGUUAAAAUGUUCUUUUCUUUUAGGGGGAAAAAAACACCAAACUGUUUCCGAUGCCUAGUUGUGCUUACUUUGGAGUGAUCCCAGUGUAGAUUGUGGAUGAGCAACGUUUCUUAAGUUUCACUGGGUCUUCCCCACCCUGACACAUUCCCCGAUGUUAAUUUUUCCUGGCAAUCUUGGUCCUUUAGGGAAGGGAGAUGUUCUCUGGUCACCUCCUUUGCGGUCUUCAAAUACAUGGCACUCUACAGCCUCGUGCAGUUUGUCUCUGUGCUCCUGCUCUACACGGUAAGGAUUGCAUGAAAAAGAAAAGCUUUUGCCUUGAGUUUCCUUCCUGCUCUCGUGUUUCCAUGCUUCUGUCAGGACCUUGAGGGCCAAGACAUAGAUGCUGGUGGUUCUAUUGAAGUUCCACUAUUGUGCAUUUGCAAGUUUGAGUGAGCUCCAGAGCACUUUCUGGUUGUAUUUUGCAGCCACCAGUGAGAGAUGUUUGCACACUUAUAGACCCAUAUGCCAAAGACAGCACGGUGGACUUCAAGACAGAUGGGAUCCUGUAUUUGAUAGGUCCCUCUGGAUUCAGAAUACUAAAUACUUGCUCAUAUGAUCACAGUUGAUUAUUUCCUCAAGUUCUUCUCCCUUUUGUGGUGGGGAAGCCCGUCCUCCUCUCCAACUGCUUCUAAUCUUUUGCAUAAACCUGUGCAUGCUAUUAGGCCACUACAGCAUCCUGUGGCAAUGAGUCCCACAGGUUAGGAUGUGCAUAGCAAUUGCAGCGCAAAAGCUCUGACUCAUACAGCCCGUUUUCCUCUCUCCAGGAGAGGCUCGUACUGUGCCGCUGUAAUCUCAAAUGGGAGGGGUGUGUAGGUGGCAGAAUUAAAGGUAGACUGCUCCUGAACCGUGGAGGCUCUGUUUCUUGAAAGUGGGCACAUCGAUCGUCAUUCCACCCCAACCCAGAUCAACACCAAUCUGAGCGAUCUGCAGUUUUUGUUCUUUGACCUGAUCAUCACCACCACGGUGGCUGCUCUGAUGGGCAGGACGGCGCCGGCAAAGGAUCUGGGCCCCAGGCGCCCGCAAGGAGCCCUCAUCAACAUCAUUGUCCUGAGCAGCCUCGCCCUCCAGACCAGCCUCUUCAUCGCCAUCCAGGUCACCAGCUACUACAUCACUGUCUCUCAGCUGUGGUAAGCAGUGGGCGCAGGGGGUGAAACCAGCAUGAUGGGAAGUUGAGGAGGAGGAGGAGGAGGUGUCGGCCAUGGCAAGCUCUCAGGCUGGCAUUUUCCAGUUUGAUUUGGCUGCCCUGCCAGUUCCAACCUGCUGGACAAAGAGGACCCCUUUUCUCCGGCCAUCAGGGCCCAGGGAUGGGUGGUUGAGACUCGGUGUGUCACCAAUCUCUGCCCCUCCUAGAUCAUACCUACGGGACCGCCUCUCCCGGUAUGCCCCACGGAGAGCCUCAAGGUCCAUAAAUAGCAACACCCUAGAGGUCCUGGGCCCUAAGGAAGUUAGAUUGGCUUCAACCAGAGCCAGGGCCUUUUCAACUCUGGCUCCGGCCUGGUGGAACGCUCUGCCUCAUGAGACUAGGGCCCUGCAGGAUUUGAUUUCUUUCCGCAGGGCCUGUAAGACAGAGUUGUUCCGCCUGGCCUUUGGCUUGGAGCCAAUUUGAUUCCCUCCCCCUCUUUUUUCUUUCUUUUUCCUUUCUCCUCCUGUGACGAGGCUGUAUUUUAAUAUUUUAAUGUUUCAAUAUUUUAAUUGUUGUAUUUUAAUCUUGUUUUUAAGUUGUAUUCAUUCAACUUGUUUUUAUUAUUCCUUGUUUUAUUAUUGCCUUGGCUGGGGAGGGCGGGGUAUAAAUAAAAAUUAUUAUUAUUAUUAUUAUUAUUAUUAUUAUUAUUAUAUCUCUGCCCCAGGUACGUCCCCUUGAACAGUACGGUGGCAGCCCCUCAGAACCUCCCGAAUUACGAAAACACCGUCGUCUUCUGCAUUUCCGGGUUCCAGUACCUCAUCCUGGCAGUAGCCAUGUCCAAAGGGCAGCCCUUCCGCAAGCCUCUCUACACGAACGGUGAGUCUGCCUGCUCCCCAAGAGCUUCCUUGACACCGUCCUCCAUCUUCACUGCCAAACCUUAGGGAGAAGUGAAUCUCAGUCCGUCCCCCACUCUCUUUCUCUUCCUGUUUGGGCUUCUCCCUCUUCCCCAAGUAGCCAUUGACUCUUGUGAGCUUCCCACUGAUCUUCGCUUCCAUUUGCAGAAGCUGCCCAGCUCAUGCCCAUUCUGAUGCUGGUACUUUUAUUUAUUUUUAUUAUUUGUGAGUCGAGGACCCGCCACCCACAUAGGAGUAUAAUAAGACACAAAGACACAUUAUUUUAGGUUAAUGGGCAAAAUUCGGCCACAACUUUUAUUGGUUACAGCAUGUGAGUAGUAUUGGCUUAGGCAUUGGAUGAAACAGCAAUACCAGACUCCACCCUGCACAGCCAGGAGUCAUAUUAGGGUUAACAACGAAUGGGAGGAGCUUGUUGAUGCAAAUACAACUGGAAGCUCCCCCAUGACGUCACCGGGGGUUGUGCCAUGGCCCUAGCCACCAGCAGGGCAUUGGACAGGAUCCACGACCGCUGGAUUCCUUUAAUGGAAUACGCAAAAGAGGAGGGGUAGAUGAUGGCGCAUACCCAAUCCUCCAGCACAGCACACAUAUUCCAAUGCCUAAAUGCCAAUACAGUGGUGCCUCACAAGACGAAAAUAAUCCGUUCCGCGAGUCUCUUCGUCUUGCGGGUUUUUUCGUCUUGCGAAGCAAGCCCAUUAGCGGUUUAGCGGAUUAGUGCUACAGUAUUAGCGGCUUAGCAGGCUUAGUGGAUCAGCUGAUAAGCGGCUUAAGGAUAAGCUGAUAAGCGGCUUAAGGAUAAGCUGAUAAGCGGCUUAACGAUAAGCUGAUAAGCGGCUUAACGAUCAGCUGAUAAGCGGCUUAGCAUCAGCUGUUAAGCGGCUUAGCCAUCAGCUGAUAAGCGGUUUAGCGGCUUGGGGAAAAGGGGGGGGGAAAGGAAAAACCCCCGCAGGAACUCGCAAGACAUUUUCGUCUUGCGAAGCAAGCACAUAGGAAAUUCGUUUUGCGAAGCACCUCCAAAACGGAAAACCCUUUCGUUUAGCGGGUUUUCCGUCUUGCGAGGCAUUCGUCUUGCGGGGCACCACUGUAUCAGAAAGUUGUGACGAAUUGCUACGAGGUAGGCGAAAAAACCAAGAGGCUGGUGCCAAUUUGCCAAAUGGAUAAAAAAAGUCCUACCAGGCCCUUGGGCAACUAAGGCAACCAACCGAAGUCCAUAGCAAGGUCAAUAUGCAAAAGACGCUGACCUAAGAGGGAGGGAGGGCAGGAGAUCUGAAGAAAACAGGAACAGACUGGGAGCGCUGCCGCAGCCGUUUAAAUGCAGCUAGCCCCGCCCACCAGCUGGCCCUAUUGGUCGGCUGAGAGGCUUGGCCGCGGCGGCAGAAGCAAUCAGGAGCAGGGAGCCGAAAACGCCUCCCUGCCCCAGCGGGAGGCUGCUCCCGCUCACAACCCCUCCCCUCUGGGAGGAGGAGAGGCCUUCCUUCACAAAAUCUGUUACCUAGCCUUCACUCUAAGGUCGCAGUUAGAACAAGACAAAAUGCGCAGCGGUCAGAAGGUCGGCGGUUUGAAUCCCUGUGACGGGGUGAGUUCCCGUUGCUCAGUCCCUGCUCCUGCCAACCUAGCAGUUCGAAAGCACGUCAAAGUGCAAGUAGAUAAAUAGGUACCACUCCGGCGGGAAGGUAAACGGCGUUUCCGUGCGCUGCUCUGGUUCGCCAGAAGUGGCUUAGUCAUGCUGGCUACAUGACCCGGAAGCUGUACGCCGGCUCCCUCGGCCAAUAAAGGGAGAUGAGCGCCGCAACCCCAGAGUUGGCCACGACCUAAUGGUCAGGGGUCCCUUUACCCUUUAUAAAACCAAAGUAACCAAUUUUUAAAAAACCACACAGGUAAAACCCAUUCCAAGCAGAAGAGAGCACCAAACAUGAGCCAUUUCCCUGCCAGAGGCCAUGGGUGAAGCGGGGGCAUCUUUUUGGCCCUGAUAGUCUGAGCUAGAGGGGCUGGAAUACACCUAUAGGCUGUCUGUGGCUUGUGGAAGGGGGAGACCCACAAGGGGCUUAUGCUCUUGAAAGUGCCCCUUUUUACAUCGUAAGCCUUAGAACGGAGCGUCGUGACACGUUAGUGUGUAGGUAUGUCACACGAACGCUCCCCAGGGUUGGGAAGGUGGUAGCUUAACCUCCAGUUGGCUAGCAAAAGGGAAUUACUGUCUUGCAAAAUGUCUGAAAAGCGGGUCAGUUUGGAACACUCUGCCUUAAGAAUCAUAGAAUUGGGAGGCACCACGAGAGACAUCUAGUCCAACCCUCUGCAAUGCAGGAAUCUUUUCCCUAACAUGGGACUCGAACCCUGAGCCUGAGAUGUAAGAGUCUUGUGCUUUUACCAACUGAGCCAUCCAGUUAGACUUGUGGCGUAUGUGUCUGCCUGCCUGCCUCCCAGCAUGUUGUAAGUGCUCAUCCUUUUCCUUGCCUCUCAAUACUUUCUCCUUGUUCCCCUCCGCCCCACAGUGGUGUUCUUGAUAGCCUUAAUCAUCCUUUUCGGCCUCAUGAUCUGGUUAACCCUUUACCCGCUGGGCUUCAUGAGAUACCUCUUGAAACUGAAGGCCAUCGACGACCUGAACUUCAAGCUCGCUCUCCUGGGGAUGGCUGCUCUCCACUUCUUCACAGCCUUCAUGCUGGAGGUAUUGGGUGGGCAGGGGGAAAGAGUUACAAGUCAUGGCCAAGAGGGAGGCCGGGGACAUGGUGUCUGAGAAAAGGAUGGAGGGGGGAGGAACAGGGAGAAGGGAGCUUGCUCCUCUUCCCUUUCCUCCUCCUGUUCCCCUUCCCUAAACACUUGAGUAACAACAACUACAAAUUAUUAUUUAUACCCCACCCAUCUGGUUGGGUUUCCCCAGCCACUCUGAGUGGCUUCCAACAAACAUUUAAAAUCUAUUAAAACAUCAGUCAUUAAAAGCUUCCCUAAACAGGGCUGCCUUCAGAUGUCUUCUAAACAUCAGAUAGUUGUUUAUUUCCUUGACAUCUGGUGGGAGGGCGUUCCACAGGGCGGGUGCCACUACCGAGAAGGCCCUCUGCCUGGUUCCCUGUAACUUGGCUUCUCGCAGGGAGGGAACUGCCAGAGUGAGUUUAACCGCUGGCAGUCAGGGAACAGUAAGUCAGAGGAGCCAUGUCUUUCUGGAAGCAAUGGCCACAGGAUGCUGUUGUUGUUAAUUUAUUCAAUUGAUAUACCGCCCUUUAUCAGGGUUAACAUUUAAAAAACACAUUACUAUCACAUUACAGGGAUAGAAACGUUAAAAAAGACCAUAAUGACAGACAGCCUAAUAGUAAAAUAAUCACCAUAAUAACUGUCUUCUCCCGCACACUUUCACAGGCCAUAGAUUAUUUAAUAGCCAUAGGCCUGGGUGAAGAGGAAUGUUUUUGCCUGGCACCUGAAGACGUGUAGUGAUGGCGCCAGGCGGGCCUCUCUGGGGAGAGAAUUCCAGUCAGGGAGCCACCACAGAAAAGGCCCGUUCUCUUGUUGCCACCCUCCGAACCUCUCUGGGAUGGGAGAGAAGCGCCUCAGACAACAAUAACAACAACAAUUUAUUAUUUAUACCCCGCCCAUCUGGCUGGGUUUACCUAGCCACUCUGGGUGGCUUCCAACAAAACACUAAAAUACAUCUAUUAAACAUUAAACCUAUUAAACAUAACCUAUUAAACAUUAAAAGCUUCCCUAAACAGGGCUGCCUUCAGAUGUCUUCUAAAAGUUUGGUAGUUAUUUUUCUCUUUGACAUCUGGUGGGAGGGCGUUCCACAGGGCGGGUGCCACUACCGAGAAGGCCCUCUGCCUGGUUCCCUGUAACGUGGCUUCUCGUAGAGAGGGAACCGCCAGAAGGCCCUCGGCGCUGGACCUCAGUGUCCGGGCAGAACGAUGGAGGUGGAGACGCUCCUUCAGGUAUACUGGACCGAGGCCUUUUAGGGCUUUAAAGGUCAGCACCAACACUUUGAAUUGUGCUCGGAAACGUACUGGGAGCCAGUGUAGGUCUUUCAAGACCGGUGUUAUAUGGUCUCGGCGGCCGCUCCCAGUCACCAGUCUAGCUGCCGCAUUCUGGAUUAGUUGUACUUUCUGGGUCACCUUCAAAGGUAGCCCAACAUAGAGCGCAUUGCAGUAGUCCAAGUGAGAGAUAACUAGAGCAUGCACCACUCUGGCGAGACAGUCUGCAGGCAGGUAGGGUCUCAGCCUGCGUACAAGAUAGAGCUGAUAAACAGCUGCCCUGGACACAGAAUUGACCUGUGCCUCCAUGGACAGCUGUGAGUCCAGAAUGACUCCCAGGCUGCGCACCUGGUCCUUCAGAUGACAAGCGACGGCUCCUGAUGAAAGUUGGUGUUCUAAAAAGGGUUAGGCAAAUCUGAGGGUGUGGGGGUGUGAGAGGAAGGGCCCACCUACAGCUAAUAACCAUGGCCCUUGAGUGAAACCUGCAUGUUAAGGCGCAGUCUACCCCUGUGUGCCAGGUUGGGAGCAGGCCACAGAGAGGGAGCUGGUGCCUUCCAGCCUCGCCAGAGAAGCCUCUGUUGUGGGAGCUGCUGUUGGGUGCAGUGGGCAUGGCAGGGCGGCCAGCCUCUCAGGAUCUCUCUCUCUCUCUCUCUCUCUCUCUCUCUCUCUCUCUCUCUCUUUCUCUCUCUUCCGCCCUCUCCAGACCUGCCUGGACUACGGGCUUCUCAACGGCCUCCGGAACCUGUGUGGGAAAAAGUCGUCGAAGAAGCUCUUCAAAAGGCUGGAGAAGGAGCUGAGCCAGCAGCAGCCCUUGUGGCCUCCGCUCCACGAACCCAUCUUUGCCACCGCCACUGCCACCCAAAUCACCCCUGUCCUGAGGUGACGCUGGGCGCAGACACACAUGCCUGUGUGGACAUGAAAGACGGAGGUGCCUCUUCUGCGCCUUCCCUUGGUACGGGACCAUUUUAUUUAUUUCCACUGGUCGCUACACUGUCCUUCAUUCCGCUGCUGCCCGCUUGGCAAAAGACCCCGGAAACGACACUCCUCCAUUUAAAGUCCUUGUGUUACCUGCUGCCCCACUUGCCAAGGUGGAGGCAGGAGGCGGUCAGGUGCCACUUCAUAGCAAGAGAAGACCCCCCCCCAAUGCCAGCCGUCAGCUCUAAAAUCUGAGACCUGUCUGGGAGUGGGAAGAGUUGUACCUCACCUGAGUUGAAAGCUUGCAGACAGGCUAGAUUUGGCUUGGUCCGUCUCCUGGCGCGAGAUGGGGGCAGGCUAUGUCCACAUAGCCAUGAGGGGACCGACGUGUUUCCUGCCAGCCAUUCUGGGCUUUGUUUUUGAGCCUGGUCGGCAACUGGAUUCCAGCUGAGGUUCCUUGCAGCUCUGGAAGAAUUCCAGAGGAGGUGGCCUUGGCUGGUACAAUUUUUGUGGGGGCGCAAACCAGGCAACCCUACGCAGGUGACGCCAGCCCAGCCCUCCUGCAUCAGCCAGGUGGGCAGACAGCUCAGCGUGGCUCUGCUUUGCCCCAGUAGAGGUGGGGUCACUCCAGCGGCGUUGGUGGUGAGGGCUGGGUCGCCCCUUCGCCUGGCACGCAUGUGCCCCCUCCCCAUCCAGUGCACAAACACAGACCGCCCCGGGUGCCAGAAACCAAACGCUAUGCCACUGGUCCAUCUUGAAGCACUGAGACCCCCACUAGUGCCGUGGAGCAUCUUCCUGUGGGGUGGGUGGGGGGUGUUAGGAAUCAGGCAACUCUUUCCCUUUGAUUGGCCCAGAUGUGCUGGUCCCAUUUCCUCUGUUGAAAAGAGAGCAAUGGUGCCGCCUGUACUUGCCCAAGUGACCGUAUUUCCUGUGGACAGACUUGCAAGGAGAAUGGAGCCCCCUGUGAUUUGGACGCUGUCGUGUGUUCCUCCUCCAUGCCAGAAUUACUGGAAAUUGUAGCAAAUCUGCACCAGCCUCAAAAUGAGAAAGCUCAUCAGGGGUGUUUUUGUGUGUGUGUGUGUGUGUGUGUGUGUGUGUGGUUUGCAAUAGGGCUAUCUCCCCCAUCCUUACCCCAAGAUCACCCACUCUGCAAGAAAAAUGUAAAAGGUUACGUGAAAGGAUGGAUGCGCUGAGAGUGAGAGAACCCAGUUCUGUAUGGUUAUGAACGAGUCUCACAAUAAACAGAUGAUAUUUUCUGGGCAA